GUCGUCGCUGCUGCCGUCGUCGUCGUCGUCGCCGCCGCCGCCGACGAGACAUCGCGAAAAGUUCGAUUGAUAAAAUUUAUUAUAAUAUGAUCGUCGUCGCAGAGUGUUGCCGCGAACGAAUUGUUUUAUAAUCGUAUUUAAGUAAUACGUCGUAUCGACGAACUGCGUGGGAAAAAAAAUUAAUUAAUUUUUCCCCCGUAAAACAUUUACCGGCGUUUUACCGUCGAAGUUGCCGUUGUUGUUAUUAUUGUUGUUGUUGUUGUGGUUGUUGUUGUUAUUAUUGUUGCGCUGCAGGCAUAGUGCGCCACGUGUGACAUGCCCGAUUCGCCGGUGCCACCGCCGGGUGCCGUCACUACGGCCGCCCCUGCGGCCACCGCAGCAACCGACAAUCCGAGCGGCACCGCCGUCACCGCCGCCGUACCGACACCAGUACACCAACAGCACCAGCAGCAGCUCGGUGACGACGCGCCACGGUCGUCGCCGGCCCGACAACACCAGAACGGCGGUUCACCAGCGGCCAUGGCUGCGGCCGCGGCCGCCGCGUCGCCGGAUACGCCGCGAAAAAGAGGUUAGGACACACGAGUAGUCAUGUAGGGGAUAACGUAUACUGUAGUGCGACCAUUUAAUGUUAACGAUAAACGGCGAGGGUGGGGUGGGAGGGGGGGUUGGGAUGCGUAGUUCGAUCGUGAUGAUAAUGUUCUUAUCAGAACGUUAUCAAAUAUACAUGCAAUAUGCGUUGUGUUUGACGGUCGAAAACGGCCCCGGCUUUCUGUAAAAGCGAACACGCGCGUGCAUAGUGUGUAAUAAUAUAUAGGUAUGUACAGUAAUAAAACGGCCGUAAAAAAUCAACCGGGCGGGCGGUCGCCAAACACGUGACUAUUUUUACGUUCGCGUAAAUACGAGAUGAAAGAACCAAAUGUUGGGUUUUUUUUUUUUUUAUUAUUAUUAUUAUUAUUAUUAUUGUUAUUAUUAUUGCGCCCCGAGUUUACGGUCCACAAUCCGACACCGCGUGACGGUAAAAGAAAAAAAAAAAACACAAAACACAAAACUGCGCCGGAUUUUAUCGACGGCAAAACCGUUAUCGUUUGUACUGUUAUUGUUUUUACGGCACAUAUCGCGCCGCCUUUUGUUUUCUUAACGGACGAACGUCGCGAACGUAUUUAUUACGCGCGCCCGUAAGGCUAAUCUGCGAGUAAUUGCCGCAAUAAUUAAUAUGACAUCAUCGCGCGCGCCGCGUACGUCGCGUCCAUCCAUCCUAUAUUGAUUGAUUCUCUCUCUCACUCUCUCUCUCUCUCUCUCUCUCUCUCUCUCUCCAUCCACCUCACCCCGCCGUCGUGUUAUAUGUAUAUAUUUUAUUAUGUAGUCUGUACGAUAUGCACCGCGGAAUAUAUAUACCGUAGGAGAAAAAUGCGUAUAUUUUGUAAAAGAAAAAAAAAAAUAUGGUGAAAAAAUAUGUUUAAUCAUCGAAUUGUGAAAAAAACGUAGUGUUGGCCGAGAAAAUAAAACGAAAAUCUCGUGUAGGGAUAUGACCAGUAGAUAUUAUUUUUUCCAACAUCGAACGUGUAGUUUCAACGCGCGGUUUUUCCGUUUUUUGUGCGUUUUAAAUAAUGUCGUUUACUGUGCAGUGACUCGGACUAUAAAAGUCUGACUUAAACUGAAACCAUUUUCAAAUGCUUAUCAACUGUAUUAAAAUAUAUUUUGUGAAUCUAUUAUGUCGGUUAAGUCAAGUGACUGUGAAAAAGCUGUCUUAAGUUAAUGGAGACGGUUGCAGCCACUGUUAUAGGUAAUUAUGAUAAUGUAUAUCUGUGAGCAAUGAAUAACUAUUGCUAACGAAAAAACGAUUCUGAGCGAAGUUCGGUUAAUAAUGUUACUUUUUCAAUAAUACAUAUGUCAUAUUAUGGUAAAAUAAUUACAUAUGCAUAAUAUAUUUUCUUUAAUAAUAUUUGUUUAAUGUUGUACUGAAUUUCUUGUUUUUCCUAGAUUUUACCAAUUUAUUGAGAAAACUCUUGAAAAAACCAAAAAAUGACUAACAUUCAGUACCUCCCCAGCCUGAUUUCCUUUCAGAAAAAGCACUAUCAUUGUAAAUCGAAGCAAAAUUGUUGGUAGUAAAGUUGUUUACAGGGAAAAAAAGUGACAUAGUAUUUUAUUUACUCAUACCUAUAUUUCGUACAUUUUCCCGGUUUUUCGUUUUUCUCCGGUUUUCCCCCCAUUUAUUAGAAAAACUUCUGGAAAUAUCAAAAAAUAACCUCCUUAAAAUAUCUUCUUAGUCUGAUUUCCUUUCAGAAAAAAUGCUAUCAUUAAAAUCGUAGCAAAAUUAUUUGUAGAUAAGUGAUCGUUCUUAUUAUAAAAGAUCUUUAGCUUGAUUAUUAAAUUGGGCCGAUACUGGCGACAAUAAUAAAAUAAUGUCAUAUUUUGAGAUAUUAAACGGUUAUUAUAAAAAUAAACGUAAAAAUUGCAGAACAGAAUAUAUUUCAUUGUUUAUUGGCCACCAGUCUCUAAUAAUGUUACAUACAACAGACCUUUCCAGCCUUUCGAAUACCACUCGUUUUCCUCGUGAUGCUUCUAGGAUGAAAUCGAUGAAUUAGCCCUAUAAAUCAUAUAACUAUAGUAGUGUUCUCAAAUUUGAAUUUUUGUAGGAGGGGUAAAAUUUAAACAUUAGGCAACAGUUUUAGGUGGACAGUUAUUACAGCGUCCCGAAAAUUUCGUGUGAGAAAUGAUAAUAAUUACCAUCCUUCUGCUAUUGAUUAAAGUACCACUAUUACUUUACUGUCCAUCUAUAAAUAAGCUAUUUAUUGAGACCAAUUGUAUGGGACCAAAACGGUUGGCCAAUAUUACCCGAUCCGGCACAGAUCAGUUGUCAUCGUAUUUCUUAAAUUGAUGAAAAACCCACCCAAAUUUCGAACAUAAAAAUAUAAAAAUGAUGUUACGCAAUACACGAAAUAUCGCACGAGAUUUUUCAGUGAUUGAAUCAUGGCAAAAUACGUGUUUUCAGUUAAUUUUUAGUUUUGCUCUACUGAAAAGUCCUCAAACAUUGACACAACAUAUUUUUCACGUGGAACCACGAUUCAUCCGUCCGCCCAUAAUUUUAACAACACCGUUCUAAAAAAUAAUUAUUACCGAGACGAUUUUUAUCGGUCCCGACGAUCGUGUUGCCCGCUAAAACCGUUUCGCAGUAACUUCUAUACUUAUAACGGACGUGGUUUGGCCAACAAACCGUUUUGACGAUAUUACUUAUUACAAUAAUUGUAUUGUUUUAUAAUUGACCGCACUUUUAUAACAACCGGGUCUCACGAAUUGGUGAAUAAUUAAAAACUAUGUUUACUAUUUUCGGUUACUUGUUAUCCGUUGUUACAAAAUAUCAUACGUCAUUUUGUUAUAAAUAGAUUAUUUAUUCUCAAAAAAAAAAUUGUAGUCGUCGUAUUUUUCUCCCGAAAUAAUCAAAAAUGUAUUCAUAAAAAUAACUCUAAAUUGUUAGGUAAUUUACACUAUUUCUAUGUUUUAAUAACCAUUAUGCAUAAAGCACGGAGUCUUAUUCCUUCGGUCAUAGUAGAGCGUAUCCAGAUGUUAACUCUUCACAACAAACUGAAAGACCGUAAUUGCUAGCUAGCUACGAUACUGAGACCAAUACAAAUUGCCGAAAACAUUAAUUGGUAAAUUAUUUCUGUUUCUUUUAGUAUAAUGUCUAAAAAGACUUGAUUUCUAAAUUUCUGUAAAAUUAUAUGAUGAAAUAUAGUUUGUAGGAAACUCGACAUGUUCUUAAAAUAUACAUUACAACCGAUCGGCAAUCUUAUCUAAUGUUUUUAUAACGAUUGCUUUUUUUUCGUAUAACUAUAUCUAAUUUUACAGAUUUUGGAAAGCUAGGAGUGGGCAAAUAUCCUGUCUUGUCCCCUUCCUCUCCGGUUGCCUAUGGUCGUGAGGCGAAUCCUACCCGAAAACUGCGAAUACAAUGUGCAAAGACACAUUAACUAUACGUCUGCGGAAGCAGGAAACAUCGUGUUUAAAAAAAACAUUAAAUCAUUUUAGUUCAGUAGGUUAGGUAGUUCAGGUUUAGUAUAUACUAUAGAUAUGAAGCUAAAAAAGUUGUUUUACCAAACAAAAAAAAACCGCCGAGAAUAUUUAAGAUAAUUACGUAACGGAUAUAUUAUUUUAGUAAAUGAUAAAGUCUUUUGCCAUUUUAAAUAUAGUGCCUACGUUUGAAAUGCAAUCUCAAAAAAUAAUUACGCUGGAGUCAAAGUAUGUGCAGCUACAGUGAAUUAAUUUUUUUUGUAAAUGUGUAUUCAUUAAAAUAUACGCUCAGACAAUUGGGGAAUUUAUAAAAGAAAACCGAAAUUCAAAAUUAUUUUAGGAAAAAAAAAGAUUAAAAUCGUCAUUUCUGAAUCGAAACUCAGUCUGCGCCCGGAAAAAAGUUACAAAAAUAUUUGAGCUCGAGGGUUUUAUUUAGGAAAACAGCAAAAGUGGUUACAGACUGAAUAGGAAAAUAGAAUACAUAUAUAGUAUCGAAAUUACCGAUUUUAAACGAGUAUAAAAACGACCAGGGCGACAAUCAUUAUUCUGACGUCGUGGAGUUUCUAAACGCAAUAAUAUAAUAAUCUCAGUGGACCUUUUUAAUAACUGCAGACGGACAGCGCUGAUGAUUGCUAUUAUACGUCCGAUAUUCGAUUUAUUUAAACAGAUCACGCAAUAUUGUCGUAAAAAAAUAAAAAUUAAUUCCAUAUAAAUUACUAGAUACCGACAGUAGAAUAAAUGUCAUUUCAUUAAUAUUUAUCAUAGAUUCGCUUUACUUCGUCGAAAACGUUUAUCGUCCGGGUGGACACACGACGAUAACAAACCGAUGAUAAACGAUAUAUGUGUUUGAUUGUACGGCAAUCAAGUAUUAUUCUCCUCCUUCCCGUGGCUCUUGACAUGUGAUAAACGAUAGAAAAACCAAAACCGUCAAACGAAAACAUUCUAACUCUUUUAAUAACUAAUUUUUUUUUUUUUUUUUUUUUUUUGACCAAUUAACAAUAUUAUUAGGUACCUAUAUAAAUAUGCCGCUUUUUAACAUUUCGAUUUGCUCAAAUCCCAAGUCGUAUGAUGACUUUGAAAUCGUCAUAAAAACCUGUAAAAGAAGUUUUAGUAAAAAUACUAGAACGAUGCUCCACAUUUGCCUAUAAAUAUAAGUAAGCGGAAUCAUCGGCAUCAUAGUUGAUCGGCCAAGAGAGCCUCUACCUCCAUUCAUGUGUUAAAAUAUAAAAAAAAUAUAUACAAUAUGCAUAUAUAAAUAAUUAAAUAUUGAACACGACUUAUUAUGUUAUAAUAAAAUAGUAAUCAUAGCGCAUUUGUAAUAGCUUUAGAAAAUUGACGUAGUUUACUUGUUUUAGCCCCCACAGGGGAGCACGAUUGAAAAAUCUUGGUUACUAUACGUUCGGUAAAAUAUUAUUAAAAAUUUUGAAAUAUACAGAACUAUAGAAUAUAAUAUAAAGUGUUUUUUUAAAUAUUGGGAUGGAGCAGGAGGUAUUCAACCGCCCCUUGAAUAUAAUAACCAUAAAAAUAUAGUGUGGUUACUAUUUUACUAUUUACCCGUUAUCGUCAAAUUUUAAAUUGUGAUUGAAUUGAAAAACAAAAAAAAUAAUAAUAUAACAGGUUUGCCAGAAAAACCGAUAGGUAAUUCGCCGAGGUAAAUUUUUUUCGGUUGAUCAGUGAAAACCCGAAUAAAAAAACUAUAAUAUGACUAUUUGUAUAGUGUAAAUUUAAUUUGUUCUACAGGAAUGAUGUUUAUACAUUUUAUGUGAAAAUAAUUUUUUGUAUCCCUAGAAUGUUGUGAAACUUUCAAAAUUCAAAAGUUGCAAAAUUAUUACGUAUUUAAUUUUUAUUUUUAUAUUACAUAAUAUCAUAUUAGUCCUACAAAAUAUUGGAAAUGCUCUGCAUGAUAUAUAAGUUCGAAAACAUGACUUUUAAAAAAUCGAUCUCGCUCCUAGUGAAAACAAAAUCAACGCAAAUAAAAAUUAAUAUCAGAUGUUAUAAUAAUAUAAUAACCAACAUAAUGGAAAGAAGAAUCGAUGGACGCAAAAGAAGAUGAAGGCCAAGGAGCACUUACACAGGAUAGAUAAUUGAAAUACUGAUUAGGAUACAAUGGCUAUUCAAAUACACGAUGACUCUUGACAUUAAUAAAGGAAUGGAAAUAUCCCUAUAUUCAUUGCAAGUACUUUAGCUAAGAAAAUGAUAAAGUAUUAAUACAGGUUUUCUUUAUAGCAAUUUUCUGCCAUGGGGAUGUAUUCCAAAUAAACUUUUCAAAAAGUAUUUGGAAUAUUUUUAAAAUACUCUUGUUGUAAGCGAACAUACAUAAUAUUUGGAUUACUAUUAUUUGUAUGCAUUGGAAUAUUUAUUUUGGAUACAUAUUUUAAAAAGUAUUUUAUCCAAAAAUGGCAAUGGCAAACGGUUCAAAUGAAAAUUCUAUAUAGGCAUAUAAUAUACUUGUAUAUAAAAAUGUACAUAAAAUUUGUCGUACAGAUCGAAAUAAUGACGUUUGGGAAAAUUGCAAUUAAUUAUUAUAAGAUGAUCUAUUAUUGUGGUUUGUUCUGUUAAAAAAAUUAAAAAGCCAAUUGUAGUCACGUUUAUAACUCAUAAUUAUUAUAAAACGUUAAUUAUAGAUACUAGAAUAAAAUAUAAGCUACAAACAAUAAUUAUUGUCUCCCCCAUUCCGAAACAGUAUUUCGUUUGCCGAUUAAAAACAUGUAUCUAAAUGACAACCGUUUAUAUGAAUAUUAUUUAAUAACCGAUGCAUACGCAUAUUAUAAUAAUGUGCUAGUUUUAUUUUUGUAUUUCGUAACAUAUGUACAUAGAUAAAAAGUGAAAUUCUAAUAUGCAAUAAUACUUAUAUAAAUUAUAAUAAUUAUUAUUUUGAGAUAAAACGCUCGAAAAUUUCGAGUUAAUCUUUAGAUUAUAAAAAAAAAAAAGAAUGCCCGAUAUAUCAAAUUCCAGUACCUACAAAUAUUAAUUUCGAAUUUCAUGACGUAUAAUGGACACUGCUUAUAAUAAUCAGUGGCGUUUGAUCAUGGGAGACCCUUGCCCUCUUGUCCAAAGCAUAGGCGGAAAACAUUUAAUUUUGCCCCCUUCCCUUCCCUUUAUGUUGAUAAAACUUUAUGGAACAAAAACAAAUAUUUAAAUUAAAUUUGCAUUAAUUGACUGGUCAGCUAUGACCACUUAUAAAACGUGUUUAUCGCUCGAACCGUUUAUUUGGUCACCUAUACCAGUCGAGUAUAUUAAAAAUACACGUAGGCCAAGUAAUCAAUCCGAUUAUGUUACAUUAAAUAACCGAAAAAUCUUUCGGUUACAAAUGGAAUGUUGUUUAAGUUAAUUAUUGUUGAUUAAGUUGUAUAAUGUACAAGUCAAAAUGUAAAAUAUAUAAAACUUAACUAAGUUCAAAAAAAGGUUUUUUUUCUAUAGAAAAUCAACAAUUAUUCAACAUAAAGUAAUAUUAUAUUAUAUUCAUAUAAUUUUAUAUUUAUAAAAACAUUAAAUAAAUCAAACUAUGACGGUAAAUUUAAAUACAUGAAUUAUUACAAUAUUGACUGAAUAGUCAAUUAAAAUUGAAUUUCGAAAAAAUCAUUCUUCGUUAUAUCUUAGCCGAAUAUUUACGAAAAUAAACUGUAAAAAGUUAACUGUAUACAACGAAAAUUGAAUCUAGUUUAUUUAACAAUAAAAAUAAUUAAUUUUUUAAGUAAAAAGUUAAAAAAAAAAUAAAUACUUUUUAACUAACUAAUGCUCACCAUUCUAUUUAGGCCACCUAUUAAAAAAAACCUAGGUUCAUAACCGAAAUUUUUUAUUGAUAUAAAAUGCGGUAUAACCCACGAAUUUCAAGAUUUAUAGCCAAUUUAAUAGUUUUAUAUUUUUCUUAAAAACUUAAAAAUAAAAUAUAGAAAUUGGCAAUUUUCAUCGACGGGCCAAAAAUGUAACGAAAUUAAAUGCAUUAAAUCUGACGACUAAAUUUACUUUUAUUCUGUUCAAUAUUUGUAUAGAUUUUUCUUAUAAUAAUUUACAAAGCAUAGCGCUAUAAUUUCUCUUUAAAUAUUUAUGCUUCGAAACAAAUUGUUGGAGUUAAAAAUAUUUACUAAUAAUUAACCGUUAAGCCUUUAUAAUUUUUUGAAGUUUACCAUAUUCAUUAAAAAUACACAAAAGAUGUAAACAUACAGGUAUUAUUUAAUAGUGGCAGCCAAAACAAUAAUUAAAAUUAUUGUUAACUUGAAAAUAAACGGUUUGUAGAUUUUUUUUAUAUUAAUAACACCAAGAUUUUAUUUUAAAAUAUAUUUCUGACUCUAUGGAUCUAUUGGAUAAUUGUUUUUAAUUUUGGAAAAGAAAACAUAGUGAAAGGCUCUAUAGCAAUAAAUACUUUUGUUUUUUCUUGUGAUAAUUAUUAUUUUAAGAAAAAAAAUUAUUGAUCAGAACAAAAGUAAUUUUAAGUGUCAGAUCUUCGUGUUACAGCCUAUAUAUAUACUAACUACAGUUCCAAUAUUCCAAAAAAAGCUAAUUUACCGUAUUAAAAACAUAAAUAAUAUAAUCUCGCUUUUAUACUUGUAUUUCAUCACUUGCAAACGGUUCAAACGCGCUCAUAAAGUUUUAAUUUUUUACUUACAUUUUUAUUUAUUUGUCCCGUUUAAGCAUAUAAUUUCGAAAACAAACGAGUCUAACGUAUUUUUGUUAUUAUUUAAUUGCUCAAAGAAAAAAAAAAAUAUUUAACAACGUUCACACAGAGAUCUAUUCGUUAUUUAUUUAACGUGACCAAUUAUUUUUCUCAAAACUAACAUCACCAUAUCUUCGUUUGAUUGAAAAAUCUGUAAAACAAUUCCAAUAAAUCACCAGAGUGAAUAUUUCUGAAUUGUAUAUAGAAAUUAUAUCAUUUGUAGAUUAUUUGAUAAAAAACAAAUGUAAAGUAACCAUAACGUACAUUAAAAAAAUUAAGGUCAAGAAAAAUAUUAAUCGAUACAUUUUUUUUUUUGUGAUUGAGAGCUGAUAUUAUAUGAAAAUAAUAUAAUUUUGUUAUAUUAUAUGUUAUACGUAACUAAAGUCAAUGGUAAUAUUGUAUUACAAUAUUUUGACACAUAUAAAAUAAACAUAUUGUAACAUAAAACAUAACAAAAUCGUAUUAUUUUUACAUAUCGGUUUUUUGAUCUCAACCACUCAAUUAUUGUCAUAUACAAUAGUUCAAAUGAUAAAAUUAUGAUGGCAAGGGUAUUGGUAUUGUAAUAUAAUAUGAAAAUCGGUUUUGUUUUGAAAAUAUUUUACAUUACCUUACAUGCUACUCGACAAUAAUAGUUAUUACGACAAGAAAUUAUCAAUUUCUAAGAAAAACGUCUUUUUCAUCUUCUCCUGGCGUAUAGCAAUUCCCGAAGAGAGUUUUGGUUUCCACUGCAAUAUCACCAUCAAAGUCACCUAUAUUUUCUAUCUCUUACAAUUUACCAUUAUGUACACCAAACUCUCGAAUCUUUCUUAACAUCCAUCUUUAUCCGUGUCUUUUUCUGUACCAAUCACGUAGUCUUUCUUUCCCAAGGCACCCGUUCAAAGGGACUGAUCUUAUAGCGAUUCGGUUUCUUUUUGACUACUGAACCCAUUAGCCUUCGAUAAUAUAGUUACCGGUCUCAAAUCCCCGUCAAUAGUAAAUAAUUUUCAAUAUGUUUACCGAAAAAAUUUUCAUCGUGGAAUUGCGUAUAGUCGUCGUGUUUGGUUCGUCACUCGAAUUAUUUGUGUAACAUUUUGAGUUAAAACUGAACAUUGGAUAGUUUCAAAUAUUCGUUUAGUAGAACCAAUUGUGUGUUGUCAAUUUUAAUAUUAGAGUGAAUUUGGCAAGAACAUUGCAUGUGUUUCAUUGCUUGUACGUUGGUUUUUGAUAGAUAUUGUUUGUCUCAUUUAAAAAUUAAAAUAUCGAACAAAAAGCAGCAUAUAAACACAAAUAAUAGUCUUACGUUUAUGUUUGAUUAGCCAAUUCACUCUAAUAUCAAAAUUAAAUCUACUGAUUAUCUACUAAAUUUUACAUCAUCCAAUGUUCAAAAUCAGCCGUAAUAUAUAUAUAGAUAUUUCGAGCAGUCCUCUAAAUUAAUUUUAUUGAUUUAAGUUUUAUUUUAUUAUUAUUACUGAAUGACGUAGGUAUUCUUUAGAUAAAUAAUAAUAUAUUAACCUCUACUAAAUUUAAUUGAAAACGUUUACAAUAAAUUAUAUAACAUAAAUAUAUUUUAUUAUUUACGCAUUAAUUCAUCUAUAUAGAUAAACAAAUAAUAUUUAUCUAAAAUCGAGUUAUAAAGAUAAAAAAAAAAAAAAAGUUCCCGGCGAAUGAGGGGAUAUAAAAUAUACUUCGGCACACUUGAUUUCACACCGGCAGAAUCCGCGAUGAUGAAUUUUUAUCGUUUUAUCAUUUUUACACACGAUCGGGCUCUCUUCCCGGUACCCAAUGCACCGCCGCCGAUGUCAAUAAUAAUUUAUAUUUGGCAAAGAACCUAAAUUUAUUUACCUGCAUAAUAUAUUUUAUCAUAUUAAACUAUUAUGAUUAUUGACUAUGCUCUCACGAGAACCAUAUAUAUAUACUCCUUGUGAUAUGUAAACGACUGCGGACGGUUUUGGAUUUCGCGCGGUUGUAUAAUGUGAAUAAACGGACGCGAUAGUGGGAGAGAGAAAAUCGCCAAACCCCGUCGGAUUUCAGCCGAGAGAGUGCGGGCAGGACGGUGGAGGACUUUGCUGGGCACCAGCCAACGUACAUGUAUAGGCCGGGAAAACAACGACGGCAGCGUGCUUAACGGCCAGAAAAAGGCCGGAAUCGUUGUAUGCACGCGUAUUAUGAGGAAAACCAAAUUGAAAAUGAAAUCUGCAGUAAACUGACAAACGCGCGCACGGCGGGCACCGGUCCAAAAAGACCUUUUCUGCAAUCCCCUUAAAAACAAAAACGAAAAAAAACGAGGGGAAAAAAAGUGAAACGGGAGAAUUUAUCUCGUUUUUGCCACGCAAAAUGUAAAUUGCGUUUUAACUGUGCAAUACACCACCUCAGCCCCCAUUUUAUCCCCCCGAGGGAUUACCUAAGUGCCGGCGAUUAACAUAACCGCACGGGAUCAUAAAAAAAAAAAAUAUAGGUACCGAGGUAACAUUAAUGUGUUUUUUUUUUCAUUUAUCGGACAACAUAACCUAAACGAACACGGGCUACGCGUUAGGCAGUUACAGAACAAAACUCGACGUUGAUAGUCUAAAAUAUUACUAUAACUCGUAUAUCGAAAUCUAGUCGAUUAUUUUCGCAAGUGGGUUUGAGAUUAUUAAACGACAUUCCACUGCAUAUCAUUAACAGUUCGUCUUAUAAAAUAUAUAAACACUCUAUUAAAUUAUGGUUGUUAAAUAAUGCUAGUGAUCUAUACCCUUGGUAAUAUACCGAUGUGCCUAUAUAAUAUAGUCUCUUUAUCUCUUUAUCUAUUUAUUUGUUAUAUUGAAUUUAUUUGUUGCAAUUUAUGCUUUAAUAACUAUAGUUCUAAUUAAUAAUUAGUUCUAUAGGUUUGUCUAUUUAUGUUUUUGAAGUAUAGUUUAUAAGUAUAAUUUUUAAAUGUAUACAAACUUAGCUCNCCAUAUUAUAUAUAUAUAAUCAUUAAUUAAUGAAAAAUUGUACUUUCUUUUUGGCCAAUAAAAAAAUUAUUAUUAUUAUUAUUAACUAAACAACAACAACAUGAAAUUUUGUUACGAUUUCCGAACAAUCGAUUACGUUUUCUUCCAGUCUUUAGUUUCCAUAUAGUUAUUCGUUCAUUUGGCAUACGUUUUGAGUUUUUUUCCCUCACCAGAAUUUAUUAGAUUUAUGACGGUGUGCGUCAGCCAACAUUUUUCGGUUUUUCAUUUUGAAAAUAAUUACGAUUUGUUGUAUAUAAUGCAGAUUGGUAAAUAUGAUUUGUGAAUACAAGUAUUAUUAAUUCAAACACAAAGUAAGUAGGAGAAAAUAAGCAAAGAAACUACCAAAAAUCUAUUUUUAGAUGACAAACAAAACCAUUAAAAUAGGUAAACAAAAAUUAUUUUAUACCUAAGUUCAGGUGGUUUUCCAAAUUUUUUUUCAUUUUUUUAAUAAUGAAACUUGGAUUACUCGUCCUGUAUAAAAGAUUAUUAUCUUUUAAUAUCUUUUAAUAAUAUGAAUAAUUAUUGUACGGGACGAAUAAGGAUUUUCGUACGACAGGUAUAUUAUGUGUACAAUACAUAUUACGUAUUUUUUUUUUUUUUACUAUUAAAACGACUUAAGUAAAUUAUAAAUAGAAAAUCAACACAUUAAUUUUUGUGUAGUUUUUGACUCGUGAUAAUCUCACCUCCUAUUUUUUCCGUAAUAAAUUAAAACAAUAAUGUAAGGUAAAAUUUCGUAUAGCCAGUUAAACUUUUUCGAAAGACACGUGAAAUAAUACUCAGCACCGUUGACCUUAUCAAUAUUAUGUAGAUAAAUAAUUACAUCAUUUUUCAGCUCGUCUGCAGAAUAUAUAGCGCUCAAAUGUUAAAAACUAACAAAAUUUAGGUACUUCAGGAAAUCAAAAACGUUUUAUCUUUUUUGUAAACAUUCAGACCGAUAAUCUGGAGUAAUAACUAAAAAUAAUACUUGCUUAUUAUUAAUUUAGUAAACACAUAAAAAAUAUUGGGAAUAUCGGACAAUAUUAAUAAGUCUUUACAAUAAGUAAAUUGUAAUAUUUUGCUUCUGGGUUUUUUUGGAAUUCGUUUCACCACUGAUUUCAUUAUUCCAAUUUCAAAAAUGUCCAAAAAUAAUUGGAAUUUGUGCAAGUAUUUCUUUUCUAUGUUUAAAAGAAAACUAUUUUUAUUUUUGUUUUUUUUUUUUUUUUAAAAAAAAUAAAAGGAAACUCAUCAUGUGCUUUAGUUUAAUUAACUAAAUAAAAACUACCGAAUGUUUCCUACAAAACAUACAAUGACUGUUCAACCUUAUUAUUUAUCAAACUCCGUGAUGUGGAUUAAAAUUACACAAUACGAAUAGGUUUUUUCUAUGGUUUUCGGUCUACGGAACACCCAAAACUUUCGAUGGUUUUCUUCGUGGUAAUAUUUUCUUUUCUUUUUUUUAAUACGAUUUAAUAGGAAAAGUUCGGUGUGGAUUUAAUAUAGCAUAAAGCAAAACUAUAUCGGCAACGGCGGUAUAGCCACCGUCGAAUUUGCAUUCAGAGUACAUAUUAAAAAAAAAAAAUUAGGUCACUCGGCAAUAUUAUACAUCGACUUUAUUGUAUUAAAAUAAUUAUUAUAAUCGGGUUUUCUCGACUUGAUAUAAAAUACAACAAUGUAAAAAAAAAAAAGUUGGGCAUACUUCUUAACACAGGUGGGUCACUGUAUCGUUUCAUAUGAUUUUGACUAUUUUUAAUUUGUUUAGCAAAACUGUCUAGAAUCGAAUAGGUAGACAAAUUCCGUCAAAUAAUAUAUUUCCAUGUCCGUUGAAAAAACUCCUGAGUAUUUUUAUUAAUUAUAAAGGUGUUUUCCAAUGGGAAGAAAAAAAGAAAGUCCUAAUAAAACUAAUAGUAUAACUAUAAUAACAUUGUUCCCAAAACAUCACCAUUAAAAUCUGAUUAAAAAUAAAAAUUGUCUAUACCAAUACCUAUAUACCUUAUGCUUGGCUGAAUUUAAGGAGGAGGGAGAAUUUCAAAGAAGCGUCAUAAUCUUUUAAGAAGUGUUGUAGAAUAGUAUUUUUUUUUUAAAUUAUUUUCUAUCUCAUCCCAUAGAUUACACAAGCUCGGUCAAAAUAAAACAGUAAAAUAGUACGUUUUAAAACGCAAAAAAGGUGCGAUGGAGGCAUACAAUUAUUGUAAAGCGCACACCUUGAAAUUUUGAUGUAUAGUAUGUGAGCUGUAUGAGAACAGUGGGAUAAAGGCGCCAAAAAAAAAAUGUUAAUAUAUGCGUCUCUGAAUUACUGCGAUAAUUCUGUUGAAAUUAAAUUUACAAAAGAAAUGUCAAACCAAUACGCAAAUAACUGGAUAUAAGCCAAUCGAUUGUGUAUGUUUUACGAUAUAGCUAACAGGAGAGUAUUAUCUAAUAUUAUGAUUAUUUCGGGGACAGAUAUGAACAAUAAUUUAUUUCAAAACUGUCGCGCGUAUAAUACAUAUGCGUACAUGGAAAAUACUAAGCCAAUUAAAUCAGUGGCGUACAGUGUUACCCGUCGCAUAAUUAUUCAGAAUCGUUUAAACAAUAAUUAAUUUUAAUUCGUAGGUACUUUAAAUCCUCGGAAAUGGUAGUGGGCUGCGAAACAAUAAUUAUAAAUAUACACAAACGUGUGUGGAAUUUAUAAUAUUUUCCUUCGAGUGAUCGAUAUAUAUUGGUAUAUAUAAGUAUCUUCAGUUGUGUAUCGAACGCUUUAUUCUAGACCGUACACACUGAAAAACGCAAACAAAUUUAAAUGUUAAAUUUCGUAAAUAAUAAUAAUGCGGGUUAAUUCAUUCAUCGUUAACUAUUACUUUAUUAUUAUGUUAUGAUCGAUUUAUCGGUAUACGUAAUAGUAUCUCUACCCUACUUGCCGGUUUAAUUUUUAAACAGUUAUUAAGCGUAAACGGUUAAUCUUUUAUUGUAAAUAAUAACGAAUGUUGUGUGCACUGUGCAUAUUGAAAAUUGUAGUCAAAAAUUCGAAAUCAGUGUUAAAUUAAAGCUUUAAAACGUUGACACUGCUGACGGGUAGGUCAUUGUUAUUUGUUGUAGAUGGGUAGUAAAGAAGGUAGGAUAUAUGGAGUUAUUUAGUUUAUACUGUAUAUGCAACGAUAAAUCAUUAAAUCGAUUCUAACCGAAGUAGUAUUAGUUGUGGUUUUUUUUUUUUUUUACUGCCAUAAGUAACCCCAAAACUGACAAAAAUUAAACAACAAAAAACUUAGAUGGUGAACUCCUGAAAAUAAAAUACCGUAAGCCAUAAAUUGCGCAUCACCUGAGGUAUGAGUGGUAUGAGGUCAAAACACCGGAGCACUUUUAUAAACCAUAAAAGUGUUUUUGUUUUCCGAAAAAAAAAAACAUCUUUGUAUAACCACAAUAACUUUUUCGUUACUAUAUUCAAAAUCUAAAAUUCCAUAUUGUUUGAAAAAAAAAAAUUAUACUUAAAAUGUUCCGAGAAAAUCUUUAGACUUCUACAUGUUUUGGGUUCUGAAAGAAGCGGGGAAUGUAUUAGUCUAUAAUGUGUUUUUUUUGUGUGCCUGUUAACUUCUCUACCAAAAUUCUUGCUUCAAUUAAAAACUUUGACGGAACUUUCUUGUAGCAUUUUUUCAUUUAGUUGGUGCUCUAAGUCGAUCAUUUUUUAAUUUUCUAUGAAAAGUUAUUUUAAUAAAUAGUUAUAAUUAGCAAUUUUUUGUUGAUUUCUGGAUUACCUUGCAAUCAAGUGGAAAACCUAGACAAAGUUCAUUCUGAUUAGAAUCGUUUUUCGUUAGCAAUGGUUUAUCGUUGCGUAAAUAUAUAAAUUAAAUUACUCUAUAUAAUAUCCUCCCUUCCGACGUCACUUCUAAAACUAUACACCCAUCAGCGGUGUUUUUUUUAUGUAAUAAUUAUUUAUUUGUUUUUUGUUGUGUGUGCAAUUGGGCGAAAUAUUAUUAAAUUUACACAUUAUUUCCGCUUCGAAUAGUUUGCCAAAAAUUUAUCGCGUGAUAUCCGUUUACUAUAAUAAUACAUUAUAUUUCACGGAAAUCUAAUUUUAAUAAUUUUAACCUUAAUUUCACCAUACAGCAUACAUAUACAUCUAAUAAAAUAAAUAUUUUCGUAAAAAAAUAAAAACUGUAAUCCCAUAUAUUAUGAUAUAGCAUAGAUGCGAUCCUUUCCGCUUCGAAUAUUUCAAAAUAUUAUAUCGCGCCACGUCCGCUCGGUCAAUUUCAUAAUUUCAUAUUAAAAUAGUAUUUUUACUGCGGAAACAUAAUUUUAACCUUAACGUCAUCGUACAAUAAUAAUAAAACCCAUACAUCAUAAUAUACAAUUAUACAAAAAAAUUUUAAUAUUUAUUCGAACAAAAUAUAUAUUUUAUCUCAGAGAAGAAGAGCUUAAAUCUAUCGUUAGCAUUUUUCUUUUAUAUAAUUUUCUUAGUAUAAUUUGUCCCGCUUUAUUUUUUGAUUUAAAUUGUAUAAGUGCAAUGUGUAUUUUCAAAAUCGAAUUUGUUUGCAUUGAAAACUAUACAAAGUCGACUUUUCUUCCUAGGGAAUCAAUCAUAUAAUAAUAUGAAGUUCGUAAAAAUAGUAAAAAAAAAAAAUACAUAAAUGGUUAUUUUUUUCACAAGAUUGGUAGGCCACUGUUUUAGGUGAAUAGUAGGGAAGGUAGAGAGGAAAUCUAAUCGAUAUAUUAUGUACGCAAUAAUUAAGGAUAGCUAGCGAAAAACGAUUCUGAGAGGAGUUCGGUUAUACAUGUUUUGAAAGGCCGUAAUAUUUACGAUUUGAAAAUAAUAAAUUUCAUAAAUGUUUCCAUUUUUCCCAUUUAUUAUAAAAAUCCUGAGAAAAUCAAAACAUAGCCUGCUUAAUAUACCACCUCAGUCAGAUUUCCUUUCAAAUGGUGCUACACUUUAAGAUCGGAGCAAAAUUUUUGGUAAAAAAGUUGUUCACGGAAAAACCAAAUCUCUCAUUGACCUACGGUAAUUCAAAAAUACUCGAAAAAAACGAUAUUAUUAUACAGUUAUGCGUGUUACUUGACCGUCAAAUAUUAAAUAUUGUGCCGGGGACAAUAUUUCAUUAUCAUUCCUCCAUAAUGCAACAUUAUUGCCAACGCGGUUAUAGAAGCUAAGGUCCAACGAUUAUAAACGCUUAGUAUUAGUUGUCCGUUCCCAGAGGACAGUUUUAGUUCAAAUUUUACUCACGGGCACGGUGGAUCACUUUAGGUCUCGUUCACGGGACGUUAUAUGACUAUAAAACGAAAAAUCAAAUCGAGUUUUGUGAUAAUAACUUAACUUAAUAUAUUUGGCAGCGAUUUUAGUGAGUACAAUUUUAACCAUUUAUGGUUCGACGAGCCUCGACAAGCGAACGUCUUUCAAUAGGCAGAAAGUCGUAGGAUCUUUUCUUUUAAGUCCUUGAUCGUCACUGUAAUCUAUUAUUAUAAUCCGCGGGCUUUCAAUAAAAAUAAUAUUAUCUAUAGGGUUUUUGCACUUUUAGCAGACUGGCUUGCUGCAAUAAUGAUGAUAUCGACGUAAAUAUCGGAGCAAAAGAUGAUGCAGAGUAAAAAAAUUAAACCGACUGAAGACGUUUAAAAACGCGAAUUUCAAAAAAAAAAAAAACUCUUUUUUUUAUUGGCAGCCCAAAGUAUCGUAUAUAUCAAAUCGUUUACCAAUAAAAAAAAAAACAACAACAACAAAACAUAUACAAUUAUUGUUAUUAACCAUUGAUUUAUGAAUGUAUAAAAAUAAUUAAAAAAAACUCGCCCAAACUUAUUUAUUAUAUACUAGCUGCAGUACAAUGUAUAAAGACCGCUGGCCUUCGUUAUAUCGUGCGGCCAAUUUUAUGACGGCAGGAAUGAUUUAGCUACUGAAUUGUAUGCGGUUUUUUUCCCUCAAUAUUGUCACGAUAAUUAUAUACAUACUGCGUUUACUAAUCGUAACACGUUGAUUUUCACAAUUUAAAAUAAUUAUCGAAAAUAUUAUUUUAAUAUAUUUUAUUUUUAGUCUCCUUUUUGUUUUUUGUUUUAUACCAACUAAUUAUUCAUGUAUGAUGGAUCUAACCUUUUUCCUCUUUUUCCAUUUUAAACCGAUAGUAGUGAGGGAUCUGUGUUAACCUUACUACUCCACUACUGCCAUCAAUUGUUAUCAUCGUAAAACGAGAGAGUCAUUAUUUGUAAUUUUAUUUUUUGUUAUAAUUCGGUUAAACAUCAUUGUAGAGAUCUACAAUGUUCACAGAAUACUUAUAAUAUAGUCUUUCCUAGACAUAGUACAAUUUUUAAAAUAUUUCGGUGUUUUUUUAGCUAUUUAUAGUCAUUUUACCUUUUCUUAAUUUCUGUCUUUAUUGGGUUUUAUGUGAACAUUAUUUUUUUAGCUGAACAAAAAUACUCGGCAAUUUUGACAAUUGUAAUCACAAGUUGUACUUUUUAUUUAAAACAAUUGAACGUAAUGUAGUAGUUUUUUUUUUUUUUAUAAAUGUAUACAAUUUAAAUUUUGAUGUAAAUUGUAAUUUUAUUUUAUUACACAUUUACCGAAUUUCGCUCAGAAUUUUUUCCUAUUAAGAAUGAUUUAUCAUUACGUAUAGAUAUAAAUUAAAUUGCUCUAGGUAAUGUAUUCUCAAAUUUCCAUCUACAACGGUCGUAGUACCAGAUCUUUUUUUUUUUAAAUUAAACUUAAACAUACUAUAUUUUUGGAGUAUAUAUUUUAUUAAUAUUCGUAUUAAAAAAUGUCACGUUUUAGAUGGACAAAAAAUUGUAUAGCCAUUGUUUUUUUUUUUUGCAAACUAUAUGCGUGUGUAACCAGAUAAAUUAAAUUGUAUAAUAGGUACUUAUUGUUGUAUUAUAUAGAUAUAUGUAAUAUUAUUUUCGUCGAAUAAAACCAACAAAUAUAUAUUCACUCCGUGUAUAUAUAAUAUCACUUAGAAUAUGAAUGUUAUUUUGUCCUCAUGGCUGCAAAAGUCAUAACAGUCAAUUUAUUGCAGUCUUACGCUGCAUACUUAGAUUAAAAUUUAAACAUAUAUUUCAAGUUAUAAAACAAAAUUACGAUUAGCUACGUUUCAACACCCGUUACGCAUUUGACGAGUGCAUUUCAUAUAUUAUCAUGAUAAAGUUUAGUAACUUUCGGUGUUUAUCAGGAAAAUCAUAAAUAGUUCUUAAAAUUAAUAUCUACCGACAGGGAUUGGCUUUUUUUUUGUUUUUGUACUAUUAGAAAAUCGCUUUGCUUUUCGCAAACAACCUAUAAAAUGUAAUUCGUCGUGCGGUUUUCAGUUACGACCAGUUUGGCGCCGGAUGACGAGCAGUCGGAAGCUCUAAAAUAAUUACGGUCACGUGCAGAAGAAGAUCUUAAAAAUAACAAUUUCCCCAACUGCAUAGCGACAACCAACGGGAGACAGCGAGGUCGUGUGGUUAAAAGCUCACAAAAAGAAACCUUCCUUUUAUAAUAAUUAUUUGCUGACCCAGUUUUCACUCACCACUGGCGCCGGGGUUUGAUUUUCUUCUCUCUUCUUUUAUUUAAUUUUAAUUUUGUUUUUUUUUUUUUUCCAAUAAAGUUUGUAGACCCACGGAAUUCGAAGAAAAAAGAACUCGAAAUAAAAAAUAGACUAUAUAAACUUUUUGAAUAUUUAAUAAGUGUAGAUAUGAUUUUUUUUACGCCGUAUUUUCUGCUAUAAAACAAAAUAUUAUAUUUUAUACGUCUAUUUUUGACACCAUUUAUCUCGGAUACUUCUAUAAUUCUGGAAUUUUAUACCUGUAUUAUUUUUUUCUUCACAUCCAUAUUUUACUUCUCAACAUAUUUCCGAAAUGAUUUUUAUUAAAUCCCGUAAACUAAGGAUAUCAAAUGUAAAUUUUAAAUUCUACAAAUUAUUAUUUCCUUUUAAAAACAAGACCACAAACCUACAAUUGCUGUUUCUAUCUUACUGCAAACGCACGACGUAGCAAAUUUUCAUUCAACUGUUAUAACUUUGUACAGUUUGAUUUUUUAUUAGAGUGAUUAAUUGACCUAUUAUCAAAUUUAAGAUAUAAGAACAUUAUCUGUGUAAUAUCACCUUGCUGUUUUUAGAUAUUUUAAUUUGUGAGCGAGAUUUAUAAGUGGUUUUAAAUCGAUGAUAUUUCACUUAUUCGUAUUCGUAAAUUUAAAUAUGGAUAAAAACCGACGUGCUGGUUCCACAGAUUAUAUCCUUACCUUUAUAUUAAUAAUAGAUCAAUUCAUCACUCAAAUAUUGAAUCGAAUAGCACAAAGUUGAACGAAAACGUGCGUUUGUAAAACUAAAACAUCACGUGCGGGUGUAUUGUCAAUGAGAAUUAUUAAUCUGUACAAUAUAAAAUUUGAAUUGGAUAUUGUAUUAUAGUCGACAGAAUUUAAUAAACAUUUUAUUGGCGAAUAUUGUUUAGAGUACUGCGUAUCUUUUAUACUAAAAUGCUUAAAAAAAAAGCUCAAGAAAUUUUUUUUAAAAAAAAUUAAAACUAACAUGGCCGUAAGUUUUUAUUGUUUGACAAAAUAUUUUUCAGAAAGAAGCAACGCGGUGCCCUAGAAAAUAUUAUCUUCAUUAAAUAUUAUUACCUGUGUUUCAUCUAAUUUAAAUUUAAACGUCCCGAUUUCAGUAUUUUUAUUAUGAUGCCCGUAGUUACACCGAAUCAGUUUAAAUGCGGGCAUUGAAACUCUUAAAAACCAUAUCUAUACCGUAUUGUUUUAUUUGAAAUAUUAUCAUAAAUUCACAAUGUCCCGUAGAAAACGUUAGAACCCCUACGAAGAACUGCACUGAAACGGUAUUGAUAUCAUAAAUGUCAAUUGUAUAUUUAUAUUAAAAUAUAUACAUUAUUAUUAAAAUUUUGAUAUGAAAUUCCGCUCUAAUUACCGCGUUAAUAUAUGUAGUUGAACAUAUUUCCAAUUAAAAAUAAUAUAAACUACAACAUGUCAAUUAUUGAUACUUCGCGUGUGUACAUAGAAUACGAUAUUAUUGAACCGAUAUGAUAAGUUUCGAAUGCGCACAAUAAUAUUAUGUCCGUUAAAAGUUCCGUUCCGUACAGUAUAACUAGUCGGACAUACAUUACAAAUUAUCGCGCACACUCGAAACGGAAAUUUCUCUUUUUGUCUCGAAUGCAUACAAUAUUUUAUAACUUUAUAGUAAUUUAAAAUGUUUACUCGAAUAAUCAACGAUCUCGGCAGCGUUUUGGGGAAACUGCUACAAUGCGAAUAGUUUACAAUCGUCUUAUUUGAUUUAUUUAUUUGUCUCGUCUGCAAUUGUACGAUCACUCGAUUGUACGAUUAUUUUUCAUAAAAUAUACAAAUUGUAAUUUUAACAGCAUUUGAUUUAUUUUGUUUGUUUUUUAAUCAGUUAAAGUUUUUUGUUUUUUUCUAAAAUAUUUCACAUCCUUAUAUUAAAGACAUCAUUUACACGCAAGACUAAUACUUGCGACAGUUAGUUUAAAAUUUAUUUCGAUGAAAACAAAAGAAGAAAAAAACGAAUAUUAAUGUUAUUUUAGCGAAAAACCUUUACCAAUAACAACGAAAUAUCGGUAAACCCGUCUGACAAUACAAAGCCCAAUGUUCGGAUUAACAAGAUACGUGUUCGUCUCGCCGUAAGCCUUAUUACUGUUGUGCAGCACGCGGCAGUAAGUUUUUCGAAGGGGUUUUGCAAUAGGUAUAUAUAUAUAUAUAAAUACGUAUUAUGUAAAGGUCCAGGGAGCCGGCGGAAUUCAAAACGGCGCUUUCAGUCGCAGAUUCCCUUUGAAGCGUUUUGGAUAAAGCUUGCCGGGCAUAAUAACGAUAUAUUAUUUAAUCCUUAAAACGCACACCCCGCCACCACAAAGUUAUUCACAAACCGACGUAUACCCUCGUCGUCGUCGUCGUCUUCGUCGUUUAGAUUGGUUCGGCCUCGCUCUUAGGGAUAAUUGCGUUUUGCAGUUGACACCCCUGUAUGAUGAGCAGAUUAUUAUGGAUUUAAUAUAUAUACGAACCGCGGCUGUGCCCGUAAUGAUGGUAAUCCGUGGUCUACCGUGUGAUGGAGGAAAGUGAAAAGAAAUAAAAAAAUUGAAAAAAAAAGGUCCAGAUAAUACCGUUGCGUGGUGUUCGCAAACGAUCUAUAUGCGGCGGAAUAGUGUCGACCAGGGACAAAGUAGCUUAAAGCGAUCGAAAACCGAAUCCGAAGGUCUGCGAAGAUGGCCUUCACGCACUAAUAUAUAAAUGACUACUAUAGAUAGCCCUAUAAACAUCCUAAACAUUCAUUAUAGUGUGAAAUGCAGUCGAAUUAAACAAAAUUACCUACUUUUUUUUAUCAAUGAGGUCAGUUGUUUAACGUUUAAGGACUAAAUUAGUAUAUUUCGUAUCGUUAGCUACAACUAAAUUACAUUCGAAAUUUUGACUUACCCCUCCCUUCUUUAUGGACGGUAUUUUUAUACGCAUUUAUUAAUUGUUAGGUUAGGUUAGGUUACAAUAUAGGUUAUUAUUGUAUUUCGUGGAAUUUUCAUAAAAUAAUACGCAAUAACAAAAACUCGUAAGUAUAUCAACAAAUAAUAAAGCCUCAUAAGUUUACAUAUUUAUAUUAUUUCGAUCCACGCCGAACUCGGCACUCUGUUCUGCUCACUUCUGUUACAGUUUUUUGUUUCUUCUGCAAAAUAGGAUAAAAUCGACUCACGGUUUUACUGGGUAGUCGACAAUUCAAAUGUAUUCCUAUUUGUUGACCAACGGUUAGUGUCGAUACUACUGAACCUAAAUAAUUUACCACUAUAAACUUUUUUUUUGUGGUGUUUGUUUUUUAAUGUUUUACUCAUUCUCGUUUUUAAUUAUUUACGAUUACUUUUAAUGUUUAGAUAAUAAUGUACAAUUACUAUUAAAAUUUAAAUUUGAUUAAAUUAUUAAUCAAAUAAUAAAAUAACACCAUAUAGCCUAUUUAGUCGGUUAUAUAUUAUUAUAUGCGGUCGGUUAUGUGUUACAUGUUCCUUCUUUGGUAAUCUCCUCUUUAUAUUAAGCGAUGCGGUUUUGAGCAGUCAGGUUACUAGUUUAGUGAACAAAUUGUUUUGAAUAUAUAGUUUACUGAACUAUAAAUUGUUUAAUAAUUGAAUGCAUCUAUUAACUAUCAACAAAAAAUAAUUAAAAACUACGUUUACUGUAUUCGGUUACUGAUUAUUUAUCCAUUAGUAAAAUACUUUACGGUAAGUAAAACGUUUUAGCGAUAUUGUAAUCGAGUAUCAAACAACGAAUAAACUAUAUACCGAAAACUGUAUCGUGAAAACAUCUACUUCGGUUGACUUUGUUUCUGAUUAUUAUUAACUGUUCUCGCCUCAGGUAGUAAAAUUUAUUUUAUUUACAAAUAAACUGUUUUCAUAUUUUAUAUAUACAGAUUAACUAUAGACUAACACAAUAAAUAUUAUAAUAUUAGUUGUGACAAAAAAAAAAAAACAAAAACAUAAAAUUAAUAAUAAUAAAAACGAUCCAUUAUGGACCUAUGCUUAACUAAGAACUAUUCAAAAUAAAAGACGUCUGUGUGCCCCCAGCGUCUUUCAUAAGUCUAAUAACUGGGUCAAUUUGCAAGAAAUUUGAUUUUAGUGUGGUAUAAUUAAAGAAAUCCCUGUUAUAUAGUAAUAACUCAUCCAAUAUUGUGCAGGAGUAUACAAAUGAUAAUUCUGUUAAUUCCGUGUUAACCGAUACACUACACGAUGCAGAAACUAUAGUAAUUGCAUUAUCGAUGCCGGGUCAGUCCCCUCCGGCAUAAUACGAAAAAUAAGUGCGAGAAUCUUGUGAAUCAAACCGAAUUCACUACACGUACUGACUAUCAGUGGUAAAGUGGAAAAAACUUCGAAGGGGGCCGUAUUUACCAAAAAUUAAUAAGGAGCGAAAAACCUUCGAGAAGGCACUUUUCCCUUCCUGAGAUGUAAUUGAACACAACAGAACUUUCAGGAAACCUACUAUGGAUAUAAAACAUUCAAAAUGUUUUUGUCCAACACGUAUUUGUUCAUACAAAUUAUAUGCUAAUAGGGUUUCAAAACAAACAUCCCCUUCCUCAUAAUAAAAAAGAAAAUAUCCAACUUAUAUGUCUACCAGAUAAUAUUCCCUUAAAUAAAAAGGGAGACUCGCCCCCCCACCACUUUGACCAUUGAUCACUAUAAUAUAUAGUUAGGUUAUAAACCCUAACCUAACCUAACCUAACAUUAUACAUAUUAUUAUAUGUGGUAUGAAGUUGGUUUUGAAAUAAAGUCUCAGAAAAAAAAAAAGGAAUACUAUAUGCUAUUUAAUUUAAGAUAAAUUUAUAAAAAAAUGUACAGAAAAGAAAAUUACCAAAAAUUCUCCACUCUUUAAAAAAGUUAUUACAGUAAUUCUACAUCACAAUAAUCAUCAUUAUAAUACUUAUUGAUAUUAGUGAAUUUUUAAUCGUCUAAACUCUAAAUGAACACCGAUAAUUAUCAUAAUAAUUUGUCGAUUCGUUGAUUGAAUUUUCGGAAAUUAUAACUAUCCAACGGUUAUAUACAACGAUUUUGCAAAAGUUAAAAAAAAAUCUGAGGGCUGCACCGCGCGGUUAUCGCGACUGAGUUGUUUAUUAUCGUGUGUGGAACAGAUGUCGGGCACUUGGCCAAAUAGGGAAUCAACCUCAAAACGUCCCGAUGUCCGUAUCUACAGCAGCGUCCUUGGUAUUCGAUUCAAAUUUCCCUCAAUUCGGUUCGUUCGUUAGACUUAAACGAAAAUCAAUUGAACGGUCACUACUGCGAUGAAAACAAUUUGUAACUUUAUUAGUUAAUUUGUAAUUUGUAAUUUAGUAAUUUGGUUUCGCAUUUAUAGUUCCCGAAAAACAUUAAAACGAUUACAAAAUAUAUAAGAUUAAUGGGUGUGUAAUAUAUAUAUAUAUAUUUAUAAGAAUAAGGUGACUUUAUUUGUUUAUAAAUUUUAGCACGUCUCGAGUAUAUUAUAAUAUAAUAUAAUACAAGGUUAUUUAUCUUUCUAUACAGGUAUCUUGUAUUUCUUUCCUUUUUUUUUUUUUUUAAACCUUUUUACGGUUAUUUUUUUUUAAAACUACAGGGACGUAAAAUAAUCCCAUUAUUUUCACUAAAAUUCCGGGUAUGACACCUGAGAACCGUCCCUCGGGAGUCCUUGUUUGUAUUAUAUUAUAUACACAGGCUAAUAUUAUAAUAGCUCGUAGCAAACGGUCGUAAGUAUCAAAUUCAGUAACCGUAUUAUAAAAAAAAACCCAGAUAAAACUAUUAGGUUUUUUUUUUUUUUCUAUAAAAUUGAUAUUCGGAAUAAUUUAUUGAGCUUAUAUAUAGCCAAUAUAUUAUUAUAGUUUUUGGUUAUACUGUAUACAUGACAGAAUUAUAGUCGAAACCCACGCCAAUAACUGUUUGAAAAUAUUUUAUACGUUUAUCGAUUUUCGAUAAUACUUAUUAGUAAUAUAUUUCGAUCUCGGGUAUUAACUGUAGAGGUGAAUUCCCUAGAAUUUUUUUUUUUUUCAGCCGGUCGACGGGUUUGUAUUUCAGUCGUCUGUUGUAAUGUUGAAGUCUUAUUUUUGGCACCUUUCACCAUUAUUAUUAGCAAGAAAAUAUGUAUUAUAAUUUAUAAAAAAAAAAAAAAAAAGUUUUAUUAAAAAAUGUUUGGUUCGAUGUAAUUAAAUAUACGUAUAGUGGAAAAUGUUGAAAAUUAUUUUUUUAAGUACGCCAUCGUUUUUUCUCCGAAACAUGAAAUACUGCUGAUCGGCACACCACUGAGUAUACACUGAGUAAUGUAUUGUAUUGAGGCACUUUUAAAAAUAACCUGAUUUGCCAAAGUGAAAAUGUCCGUACUUAAAGUUUAAAGGCCGACAAAAUACGCGUAAUAUAUUUUUUUAUGCAUACGGUAUAGUGCGUUUAUCUUUGCGCUCCGUUUAAUGGAGUUUAUUUCAUUAAACGUCUUAAUUCAGUGAUUUUCUUUUAUUCUUUUUUAAGAUAUUUUGUUUGUAUGUUUUUUUAAUAAACGACAGAGGGAUGAUACCACAGUGGUCUCGUGGUUUAUAGAAACGACUCGCAUUAUUAUUUAAACUUUGCUCAUCGGUCGUCGGCGUGUUUUGUUACACCUGCCGAGCGGGUCAUUUCGGUUUUUUUGACGGGUUUUUUUUUGCGUUAUUUCUUGGCAAACUCGUCGCCACCGAGUGUAUAUUAUAAUACCGCGUAUACACUUAUGCGAACUCCGCCUGUAGCGAAAUUUCAGUCUAAAAAUAAGAUAUGACCGACGGGCGUGCAAAAUAUUUUACGUUUAGUCGGCUCCCACCCGGGGCUAAAAUUAACCGUCAUUGAAAAACACGAAAGCGGAAAAUUACUGUCAUCAUCGUAACUGUAAUACGCACCUACCUAUACAUUGUGCGCCGCAGCCUAUUUGUAUUAAAAUUUAAAAUUUUCAAUAUUAUAUUCACCAGACUGGCGCCAAUUGACCUAACCUACUUGUACAGGGAUAAUACUUCUUCAGACUAAUCAUAUCCGUGCACAAUUAAUACAAACCGCGUACACGCUUUAAACUAUAUUAAUGUGAAAAAUUUCAACUAGCAAUUUUAUACGGAACAAGUCUGUUCUAUUUUUCGGAGCGUUGCGAAAAAUUCCCCUACCACACGACACGAAUUUCACAAACUUAUGUUAAUUGAAGAGUGUGAACAUACGAGUACUUCACGAAAUUUUAAUAUUUUUAUUACAAAAAUAGUUUUACACAUUUUAAACAACUCAACAAAUUAAUAACUAUACAUACACUUGCUAAAAAAGUUAUUGGUUUAUGUGAACAAUAUUUGCUAAUUUAUAUGUUUGCUUCGAUAGUGUGAACUUGACUUGCUUAUUCGUUUCGUCCCAUGUAACCAAUAAAGUUUAACUCUAAACAACGUUACUGAUUUUAGAUUCUAAGCACAGAAAGUAAUGUAUUGGUUUUACUUUUAUGACGUGUGGUUUUUAUUUAAUUAAUUUUUUUUUUUUUGUGUGUCUAUAAACAAAUUUUAAUUAUAAAUCUUACUCUAAUUUCAAGUGUAACAUUUUUUCUGAAAUUAAUGUCUUUUUGGUACAUUGGGAAGUUUUUUUUAUUUUCCUUGUAGUUUUCUUAACAAUUGAGAAAAAUCGAUAAAAAAAAAACCGUAGGAAAAAUGGGACAAUUUAUUGCAUAAUUAUAAUUAGAUUAAAAAUAAGUGUAGAGACCCGAAACUUUUACAAAAUACUUAUAUUAGCUUUUUAUAAAUAUGGUACAAUUUUUAAAAUAUUAUGGCUGUUUUUAACUUAUUUAGCAUUUGACAUUUUCGAGUUUUUUAAUUUAUUAUUUAGUUUAUAUAAAUAAAAUCGUUUUUGCCUAACAGAAGUGCUUAAAAUUUAUUAUCAAGUUCACUAUAAGUUAUACUUAGUGGAUAAAAAGAAAAUUAACGCAAUGAAAUAGUUUUUUUCUUUUAAGCGUUUUAAUUUCAAUUUUUGACGAUCAUUGGAAAAAUCACAGCAUUUCAUUAUAUGUUAACCGAACCUUGCUUAGAAUAAUUGUUCAUCAUAAAUAAUUUAUGUUUUCGUAUUGAUGUAAAUACAAUAACAGUAUGUAUCCUAUACUUUCCCAACUUUCCAUCUAUAAUGGUAGUAACACACCUGUCAACAGUAUCAGAUGUUGUUCUUCUGUUUCUUAUCAAUUCAAUAAGUUAUCGUGUGUGUUCAAUACUAUUCGGUUUUUUUUCGUAAUAUUUACUUAUUGUCUACAGGUAUAAAAUAAUAAUAUGCACAUUAUUUAAUUAUUUAUUAUAAGAAAGCUUAUUCAAUGGUUCGUUUAUUUGAAAAUUCGUUAAAAUGCAAAAAAAAAAAUACCAAAAAUAGAUUUGAACAAACGAACAGAUUUCACCAUUGUCUAUACAUAGGUAUUUAAUAUUGAACACAGCGUGCGUUUUGUUGCUCAGCGUUAUUAUUUAUACCCUUAAUUAAAACUUGACCGUAAUUUAUGGUGUAGGUGUUAUUAUUACGAGUAUACGAUAAUAUAAUAAUUUAUUAUUUGAAUUAUUUCAAAACUAAAGGCGACGUCUAAAACCUUUUAAAACCGAUGCGCGAACGAUUCGUUUAGGAAACGAUUUUUGGGUAUAAAACUAAUAAAACGAUACCGCAAAUAAAAGUAUCCAUAUCCAUAAAUUAUAUUGCGCGUUUUGUUAAUAUUAUAAUAAUAUGCCUAUGCAGGUAUUAUAGAUACGAAAUAUUAUAUUAACCGGUACUCGAAUUGGAGGAGAACUCAAGGGGUGGAAUUACUAUACAAUUUGAGAUUUGGAGCUUAACGAUGAAUCUAUUGGUUUUAUUAUGACGUGUGUGUGUUUUAUUUUUUUCUAUCUGUAAACUUUUUUUCGAAAAUUAAUUUUAAUCCGAUGUAUCAAGUGUUAACAACCUUUCUAAAAGAAAAUUUUAUUUAAUUAGUGCAUUAUAAAGAUCAUUUUUUUGAUGUUCCAAAGGGUUUUAAAAAUAUUCGAUAAAACCCGAAAACAAAAUUCUUGUUACAACGACAUACAUUUACGGCGUGCCAGUGACCAUAACGAUUUCAUUGUUUUAUAUCUUGCAAACUAUGUUUUCUACCAUAAAUAGUAUUUUAAUGAACAAAUGCCAAGACAUUUUCUUUUUUUUAAUUUUCUCAAUAAUUUUCAUAAUAGUUAAAAAAAAAAAACGUUAAAGAAACGAGAAAAUUUAUAAAAAUUCUUUUAUUAUUUUUAAUUUUAAUUUUUUUGUUAUUAUUCAAUUUAAAAUAUUUGUAGAAAAUUUAAAUUUUUAGAGAAAAUAUUUAUCUUAUUUUUCUAGGCGUAUUAAAAUUGUAAAACCAUUUCAGCCAUUUUUGAGCUAUUGAUGGUAAUUUUAGUUUUGCGAGUUUUGUACGUAAUUUUUAUUGGGUAGGUACAAUAAUCUUUAUGGAUAAAAUUGUUAAACUGAAUACAAAUUUUUGAAAAUCUAUCUAUAUACAUAAUAACUGUAAACAUGAAACGAUCAUCGGUCUUACAAACUUUUUUACGAUUUUACUCAGAAAACAGCAACAGCAGCGUGGUACCUAACUGGUAUACGACUUGGUGCCUAACUAACCUACGCGUAUACCUGACCGGUAACCGUAACGCCGACUCAAGUACUAUAAAUGUAUAGCGGCACUUGUUAAUGGGUGUUGCGGCGGAUUUUAUGUAAGAUACCCCGGACGAAAACUUGGGCGGUUUUAUCUAUAUAUAUAUAGGAUCACGCGGUCGAAACUUUAUAAUAGUAGCAGUUAGUUUCCGCUUUUCUAUACGUAUACAAAUAUAUAUAUAUAACGCGUCGCGGACCGUUAUUGUUAUAUUAUACUCGUGACGGCGAUCCCCCGCAGCGAACGUCUUAAAAUCUCUUUAAAAGCCCCGAGCGCGCGGCUGUAUUAUAGUAAAACGCCGGACGACGAAAGGCUAUAAACAGCCGCUGUAAUAAUAAAUGUCGGAGGCCGGUAAUUUGCUCGAUCGGGGAAAUAUUAUGCGCGAUGACGUUCUCGGCGACUGUGACUCGCGAAAUUUUCCACUGUAAUUAUGUCUUGGUGUUUUUUUUUUGUUUUACCACCGCCCUGUACUGUAUAAGUUAAAUAUCGGCGGUCCAUUAAUAUUAUAAUUAAUGCGUAUAUUAACGACGACGCGCCCGCGUGCGUGGAGCUUAAUUGACUUUUAAGUCCGACAUUAUAAAAUAAUAUCUCAUCGUUAACGUCAGUAUAAUACGUAUAAAAUUAUACGAGCUAUAUACGCGAUAUCGAUGCACAAUGUGUUACAAUAUUAUUAUUAUUGAUUAUAUUUAUAAGGACGACGAAAAAAAUUGUAUUAUAAUAGUAUAUAGUGUUUAUAUUGUUAGAUAAUAUAGAAGUUUAUCGAUACUAUUAUAUUAUAUUAUAAUAUAAACAAUAACGCGUCUUGGAUAAGAUUUAAUCGAUCCCAAAUCCGGAUUGAAAAAAAAAUUAACGAAUCCUCGUUAAUCUUUUUAAUCGGGACUGACGGAUUUUAUCCGUUUUCCGGAUCGGCAGAUGAAAUCCCUCAAUCCUAAUAUUAAACAAAAUUAUAAUAGAAAUAUAAAUUAGGUAUUCUGGAUCUAGAUGAAUCAGAUAAAAUGUAUAGAUAGUAAUUUAAUUUUAUAAUACGUAAAAAUGAUGAUUUAAACUCACAUUAUAGGUCGUAUUACGUUUUAGAUUAUAAUAUUUUGUAUGAAUUAUCAAUAUUAUCAGUCAUGUAACGAUUUUUUUUUUCAUUUUAUCAGCAUGAAGUUGAAUCAUAAACAAGGAUAAUUAAUCCGUCAAUCUGGAAAUAGAUAAUUCUUGCGAUACGGAUUGAUAAUUGUAAUCGAAAUUGUAUGGGUUGGUAGAUACUAUUUUUUUUAAUUCGGAUUAAUUUGUUUAGUAAUCUGACUUAUAGAUUGAACUGGAUUUAGAGUGCAGCACUAUUAUUUAUGUAAAAAUAUUCUUUACUUAUUUUCGUUUUAAAAUUAUUCGAUCGUGAAAAUCACACUAUCAAAACGGUAUUUUACUAACUCGAAAAAUGCAAAUUUAAGUUAUAACAUACUUCCUUUUCAAAAAAAUGCAGUUCUAGAAGAUGCGCUAUUGUAUUCUACUAAGUUAAAUAAUUUAAACGAGAAAAUGCGAUAUGUAACGGUUGCUAUAAACUCAUUCAUUAGUGAAUGAAUUAAUCAAUUCAAAUAAUUUGUAAUUUAGUCCAAUACAACUAUUAGUGAUACUAUAAUACUUAGUCCACUACAACACAAAUGUAUCAACUCCAAAAUAAAAACUCAAUUAAUAAAUGUAUUUAUAAAUACAUAUUAAUUUAAAAUGUUAUGUUAUUAGUAUACUUUUUGUGUCUUUGAGCAACUUUUCUACCAGAAAUCUUGAUUUCAUCAAAAAAUGAUGCGAAACCUUUUUAACUAAAUUUUGGUUCUAGCUUCUAAUAAAAUAAGUCAUUUUUUUGAUUUUCCGAGUAAUUUUCAUAAUAAUUAGGAAAACUGAAAAAAGUAGAGUGGUAUAUUUUUAUAAAGAUUUUAAGCAGAAUAAUCAUUUUUCGUUAGCAAUCGUUGUUUACAGAUAUAAAUAAAAUAACUUUAUGUAUCCUUUUGUCUAUCCUUUGUCUUUUACCAAGUGUUUUAAGAUUUGUAUAAAAUCUUUAAACUCAUUUCUCCCAAUUUACGUUGUGAUAGUGCGGAAUUUAUUUAUUUUGAUACACUUUAUACAAAAUACAAUAUAUAUUAUAUAUUUAUUAUAAAUACAUUUCGAAUGAAGAUUCGAAUAUACAAUAUUCGUUGACGCCCAAUUUUAGUUUAUUUUUUUUUUAGCAAUUUCAUUUUCUAGUUUUUACAAAAUGGAGAACCGGUUUGAUCGUUUUACAAUACUAUAUUAUUUAUAACAUUCACGGUGUAAACGUGUGUCGGUAGUCAUUGGUGAACAACCGCCUGCGGGUGUCAAGAGCACCGCCUUUUACCCGUUAAAUCACCACACAAUGAGCACAGUUCCACUAUACAAUCUAGUUAACACUUAACACUUAACACUUAUUUUUUUUUAAAAAAUCUUUUUUCUUCUGAACGAUAUUUCGACCAGAAGACUCCAAAUCGAAAAAAACUCUGCGGAAGAUUUCGUAUACAACAUUUUUGAUCUCGACCAUUAGUGCAUCAUUGUAGGAGAGUUAGUUUUUCGAAAAUCCUCGAACUUUUCUCAUCAUAACAGGGAAAAAAAUGAAAAAGAAAAUGAAAAUAUUUAUAACACCUAUUUAUUGAUAUUUUUACUACGCAACUGCAUUUUCUAGACGUGAUAAUAGUUUCGAAAAUAUUUUGUCUUUGUUUCGAUUAUUUUUAGCCAAUAUUUUUUAUACAUUCAAUAUAUUAUAGCUAUAUAAUAAAAACAAAAAUUUAAAUAAAAAAUAUACGCUUAAACGAUUCUGGUUUAUGCCAGAAGAUGUUUGAAACUUUUGAAAUAAAUACAGAUAAAUAAAAUGUACAUAAUAUAAUAUUUUGAUGACGAAUUGUAUUUACGAAACCUUCGCACAUCGCUGCAAACUUUACAAUCGGAUAAAUCGACAGUUGCAUCGUCCGAGAUAACCGUGGCAACGAAAAGUACGACGGAUCGAAGUCGAUCGAACACAAUAUGAUGAUAAUAUUUAUAUCGUAACGCGAUAUAUUAUAAAAAAUAGAGGUGCACAAAACAAAUACCUAAACAAACAAAACAUGUUAUUGAGCAAAUUUCGGGAUAUAAUACGCAACAACCAAAACCGGCAUUGUAUAAUUUUAAUGAAAAAUCAACAAUAUUAUAGAUGGUUACUGCUGUAACAACCACAGACAAAUUACUUUUAAAUAUUCUUAGUAAUGAUUUUUAUUAUUUCUUGCAAAAAAACUGGCGGGUUUUACUCGAUAUCAGUAACAAGAAAUACGUAUUUUGUUCGUAUACAGAAACAAAGCUAAAUUUGCCGGUGUUUUCAAUUCGAGAACACUUUUCACCAAACAUACAGGGACUGCAGUCGCAUUGUUUUUUAUUUGUUUAUUUUUAUAGACACGCGUGUGCAAGACGACCACGUGAUCGGACAACAGCAGCUGAUAGGUCCCACGAGAGAGUACGUUACCGCGUUUUGGACCGUAAUUCCACAGUAAACGGACGGAAACGUUUUUGUUAUUGAAACAAUGAUGGUAUACCACAACGUUCUUUUCAUUUCCCCAUUUAAAUGUCUCUACAAACACUUUCAUCUACAACAAUUAUAUUAUUAAAACUAUACGUCAACUACAAAAACACAGUACUUGCACCUAUGCAUACCUGCUACCUACCGAUAAAUCCGUAGACGCUCGUCAAAACUUAACGUGACUUUUAAUCGUAUUAUAACAAUAUUUUAUGUACGGGAUCACAAUUUUAAUUGGAAUACAUAGAGAAUUUCGGUCCAAUUUUAUAAAUAAUACGUUUCCCCGGUCGUACGUGCCAUCUAUAUAAUAACAACCGACUACCUAUAUACGACGGCAACGUGAAGAUAAAACUUUACCGAUAAACGUAUAUAAAUUAUACCAGUAAGUUGUGUUAGCCGAGGAGUUUGAGAGCGAAUGUUGUCUGUAAGUAUAAAAACACAGCAGUCAAGGUGUACGAGCAACGUACUUAUACUAUUAAGAAACGAAAAAUAAAUUCGACGGAACUGCAAAAAGUACGUGAGCGGUUCCCGAGGGAUGCGUCUAUUUUAUUUAUAAAUAUAUAUAUAUAAAGUAUGGCGCGUAUUUUUACGAUCCUGCCCCGUUGAACUAAAAUAACAUCAUAUUGUAAAUAAUAUUUCUACGAUGCCGGCAAUAAACAUGUCAGAACAGAGAUUUCUCAAUUUACAAUCGCGUACCUAUAGAUAGCUUGUAAGUAUAUAUUUAAACUCUGUGACGACACAGAAUGGCUAUUUUUUCGUUUGUUGUUAUAGCAUUCCUAUCUAUAUCGUUGUUUUCACGACAGAAUCCAGCGAGAAUCGAGUGGCCGUCACUAUUUAUCUUUUUAAAUAGAAACUUUCUGCAAACCCGCAGGUAGUGCGCGAGACGAUUAAAUCCGGCAUAAAAAUACAGCAAUACAUUCUCUACGAAAGUGCAAAUACAUAGCGAAAAUACGUUUAUUGAUUAACCGGAUUAUUAUUCAGUGCUUCGCGGCUGAUUGAAAACUUUAGACAAACCAUCAUGUUGAUGAGAAUAUUAAUAUCGUUCGGUACUUUAAGACGUUUUUGAUUUCCAUGCCUUUGUACAGUUUUCGCGAUGAUGAGGACCAAUAGACAACAGGUUGGGAUUAUAAGGCUGUCAUCGAGACUCUUCCGGCAAAUAUUCGGAACACCAUCGCACAUUUGCAUCGUGUCCAUCUCGGGGUUUUCGACCACGGGCGUUUCCCGGCCGGGAAUAUAACUUUGCUCCGUGUAUUUUUGUAUUUUGUCGAGGCUUUUAGCCCGCCGUGGUUACAACAUAGUGUUUUUCCCUGCAAAACAAACAGGCACGAACAACAGGUGAGGAUUAUACGGCUGUCGUCGACCGCACUGCCACCGCACCGGUGGAAUGCACUGCGGAGUCUUUUACCAAGACACGUUAUUCGUGGGUUCAACGCAUAGUUGUACCGAUUCAAUUAUUAGAGGUGCGUGUUACACAAGAGAAUACGGGGAAGCGUACUUAUGUACCCUAACUUGAAACGAGUCACAGAAGAAAAUUGAAUCUUCUGAUUAGUUGUAUAUAGCGUUAUUCAUUUUAUUACUUUAUCAUACAACUCUACAUAUGUUCUGAUGAUGUUAAUUAAUGUUGUUGGGUUUAAAUCCAGCGAUUAUAGACGAAAUCUUUGUCAUGUUUCCUCCCUACUCUAUCUAAACCUGUUGCAGUUUUUCAGCGGUUAGGUUUUAGAAUUAAACUUAGGACCUUAUACAAAUUCCUUGGAGCAUUAUCGGAUUUAUAUCGACAGUGAAAAACACGUUAAUAGAAUUUGACAUGUUCAUUUUAAUUUUGACCGUUGAAAUCGUUAAAUUUAUAUUGUACAUAAAUUUGUGAUGAGCAAUUAAAAAGCCAAUCGGAGGAUUUUAUUUGUGCCUAUGGCUUUAUUCAAUUAUAAAGAAAAUUAAUACACGACCGGGAAAUAUGGAAAGGAAUAAGGUGAGAGACACGGGCAGAAACCCUGGAUGGACUAUUAGUUCUCUUACAAACCGACUACGUCUCACACGCGCGCUCACGUCGUUGUCGAUUCGUAAUGUACAAUAAAUUAUUAUUAUUAUUGUAUAUAGAGUAUUAUCGAUUAAAUGGACUUAAAUGCCUUAGACGACGCCGCCACUGUGAUAAAUCUCACCGUUGUACCUAUUUCGGCCUCUGUACAUUAUGUUUCAACUAAUUUAUCAAACGUAAGACUUUCUUUAUCUCGGAAAGUAUAUCUUUGAAAUUUGGUUUCUAGAACAUUUAAGAAACAUACAGCUCAAGCCUCAAGUAAGUGAAAUUUAUUCCACUCUAUGUAUAUGUGUUACAAAUGCAAAUAUGUACCUAACGAGCGUGCAAGACUAUUUAUAAAUAUUUUUUAAAAUUACCAACCUACUUCCCCUCUAGAGAUAGAGUAAAUAUAGUUUUAAUGAUUCACAGUACCGCCAAAAAUUUGAGGUGAGUGGGUGUUAGGUCAUUCAUAUGUCUGCAAAAUUCGAAUUAUUUAAUUCUGUAGAUAAGCUUUUAUUCUUAAAUUAUCAGAAAUAUGUAACAAUGUAUUAAUACUAUAAUAAGUUGAUUCUGAUCAUAGAUACUAAACAAUAUAAUACGGUUGUAUGUAUACUUGAUUAGGUAUUGGUUUUUUUUUUUUUUUUUACGAAAAAUUUUAUUGGUUAUAUUAUAUUCGAGGUAUGGGGUGUAAUGAAGGUUGGUAUUAUUUUAUACUACUUGAACCAUCACCAAAUAAAAUAUCUCAAGCCGCUUCCCUCCUCUCUCCUUUCAUGUAUUUUUUUAGGAUUGAGAAAUUGUUUUAUAGUGAAACGUCGUUCUUCACCACGUUACUGCAGUGGUUGUGAAUUUAUUACACUUAAAAAUACCCAAGAAUGCGCUUUUAAACUACCUAUUUUUUUUAGUAUACCAAACACGGCACAACGACAUGUCGGAUUUCGUAAGACGUUACUAUAGGUAUAUACUAUUGUCUUCACAGACAAUAUUAUUUAUAUUAUGCCGCGUUGUCCACUAGUAUUAUUAUUAUUUCACGGCGUCGUCGUUGGUAUUUUAAAAUAAUAUUCCGAGACACUCCGAAACAACAAUGCGGCUUAUAUUUUAAAUUACUAUGUAAUUCGGCCUCGCAGACGUUUAUAUUUCAACUGUCGGUUUAAAAAGCAAAAAAAAAAAAAAACGUUUUAUUUCACGUUCAUUUAUUACAAUCCCCUGCGCCGUGAACUUAAACGUAUAAUAAUCGUAUAUGAAGUUGCGUGGUUCCUCAAUGGGCUCGUAUAAUAUCAUAUUAUUAUUAUUAUUAUUAUUAUUAUUAUGAUUAUGAUUAUUAAUACAAACAACUUUUUCCUUUUGACUACUUGUAUAACAAUAAAAUUCGAUUUCAGUCUUGUUAAAAUAAUAGUUCGGUAUGACGCCGACUUACUCAAUGAAUUGUUUCCGUUGCUUUUCGAUUUGAUUAGUUAAAUGUCAUACUCGAAUGCAUACCUACGAUGAUACGCAAUGUUAUGAUGGAAUAUUAUUACAUAAUAUACAGGGAGUCCUACAGAUAUUUAACAAAUACAAUAAAUCGUUUUUCGAUUUGUUUACGUUUUUCUCUUUUGCAAUAAAUACUAGAUCCUUGUGCUAUGAUUCCACUUUUUUAUAUAUCUUUUAAACUAAAAACAAACAAUUUAAAGGUUGGUAUUAAAAAUAUUUACUUAAUUAUAAGUUUCAAAUUUAAAAAUUAAAAUUCUUAAAGUUUACCUAAAUCAUCAGUAAAUUUAUUUUUGUUAUAUUUGUAAUUAUUCUUUACGACUGAUAGUUUUUAGUGGUAACAAUGAAAAAAAAUAUAGAGACUAACGAGUCACCAUUAGUAUACAUUUCUAACACCAAUAUUUAUAUUAAAUAACAUUUAUAAACAUUUAUAUUUAUAUUUUGUUUGAAAAUAAAUGUAUGAAAAAAACUAUGUUGGGUUUUGUAAACAAAUGUCUAAAAUGUAAUUUUUUAUUUUUAGUUAAUAGUUUUAAAAAAUACAUAAAAUUAGAAAUUAUAGCGCAAGGCUGUAGUAAUUAUUACAAGAAAAAAAUUUUAAAAUCUUGAUUAGAAACAAUCAAGAUUUCUGGAAAAUACUCUGUAUACGUGUAAAGUUGACUAAAUAAAAUUAAAUAUUAUUUUAAAAAACCCCGAUGAAUCAGAGCUCUGUCAUUUGAGUAGAAUUCCCUUUCCCUAUUUUGUAUAUCUAAUAGAAUAAAUAGGUAACUAAAUAGAUAUAAUAAAACCCCUAAGACACAUCGUCACUAACGUCAUGCGUAUACAAAAUGACAUCUCUUGACUUCAUUUGGAGAAUCUAUAGGAGUGUACCCUACACUCGCAACAAUAGGUACAUGGCAAAAUUCAUAUUCCCGAUACUCCACGUCAUUAAGUUCUAUUAGUAUAUGGCCUCUUCGAUCAAAGCCGCUAUCUCAUGUUUACAAAUUAAAUUUGUGUAUCCGUUACCUUCUGUAUCACGCUUGUUUAUUAUGAAAAAAAAAAAAACCAAAACUUCACAGAUUAUACUCAUACAUUAUAAUUCUAAUAAAAAUGCAGAAAAAAAAUUAUAUUCAAUUCAACCCAACUUUUAACACUUCAAUCCACCGACAAAACAACGCAAAUUCCCGAAUUCGAACUCGUUUGAUCCCGAGAUAACCACUAUAAAUAUUCAAACGUAGCCAAAAAAGAUAUACUAGUAUAAUAUAAUGCAUAUAAUGCCGUACAAUAAUCUCUAUUUUCUGCCAAAAAUAAUCUGACAUAAAUUCGACAAAAAAUAAAUAAUAAAUUAAGCGUUUGUUGAAAAUAUAGUAAACAAUAUUUUGUUUCGGUUUUAUUAAUUUCGCUUAAAGCUAUUUAAUUAAAUGUUUAAUAAAAAAAAAGUUUUUUUUUUUGUACAUAAACGGUUCUUUGAAAAGGAAAAAAACGAUAAUGACUGAAGUAUAUAAUAGUACACUGUGAUGGUAACCGACGAUAUUAUUAAUUAUAAUUAAAGUAAUGAACAGUUAAACUUUUAGCACUUUUGGCAAUACUAUAUAUAUUUUAGACUUAGUAUGGUUAUAAAGUUAAGAAUUUAAAAUUUAAAAGAAGUGAAAUUAAUUUGCAUAUUGAGGUAUUUUAGUUAAAACUUUUCUAAUGUUGCCUACCAUGGGCCUAAUUCUUAAUAUUGUCACAACUCCUAAAAUGCGAUUUUGAGAUUAUUGCAUUGAAUGAUUAGAAAAAAUUGAAUGCAACUUUUAAGACUAUUCCUAUUUUAUCAGAUAGUUAUUUUUUCAUAAAAUUAUCUGAAGAUAAUGAAUGAUUACCAUGAAGUAUAAUAAACCAAUUUUUAUUUCUCCUAAAAAGUAGUCAAUAUAAAGUUACGACAAUUGUGAUUUAGGCCGAUGAUAUUUAUUUAUUUAUUUAUCGAACAAAAACUAGCUAUAUACUGUUGUUUUUGUUAUUGUUGUUAUUGUUGUGUCUGGAUUAGUGCAUGUGAUUACACAUUGUAGACGAGAUUUACCGGUUCAAUUGUGACAAUGGAUGUAAAACGUACGGAAAAAAAUUAUUUAUUUUAUUUCUUUGGUUUUUCGCUAAAAAAGUUAUGAUAUAAAAUGAACGAAGGAGUAGAGAAACCGAGUGCUGCACUUUGAUGAAGAACAAACACAGCUGUAACCCCUGCAGCUGUAUGAUAAUCGUUGAAUAAUUAAGUCGACGUAGGAUGAUGGUCGAAAAAUUAAGAAAUACUUAGCUCUAAAAGGUCCCUCCUUAAUUAAGGAGGAGCUUUUUUGAAAUUUAAUUUUUUUCUAGUGCCUAUGCCAUAUUAUAAUCUUUAUUAUUAUUAAUAAAAUAAAUAUUAUACGAGUAAAUUAAAAGACAAAAAUAUGACAAAUUUAAAAAUUUAAAAUUUUUAAAAUGCAUUUGCAUUAUUUUAUAAUAUCUAUUCCGUAUAAUAUUUAGGCUGUACGCGUAUAUUCUACAACUUUUAAAAGAAAUACUAUAAACCCAUAUCCUUUCUGCGGAGUCAAAGAAGAAUACACUCGAAUAGAUGUUUUUAUACCGUUUUUUGGGGCUUUUAACAAAGCGUAGUAUGUUUUAUAUUUUUGUUUAUUUAAGUUACCGUUUUGAGAACCCGUGGUGAAGUUAUUCGGAUCAAAUUAAAAAAUAAUAUUUCUCUCUGCAGUCUACCAUAUAAAACGAAUUUUUAUUUUUAAGAAAAUUGUUUAAAUAUAUUUGUAUAUUAAACAUUUUUUUGGCAUUUUGAAAUUAGAUAAUACAUUGAAGAGGCCAAAUUUUGUAUACCGUGCCCUUUUCGUAAUAAUGGGAAAUACUAAUACUCAUAUUAAAAAAUUAAACACUAAUACAAUAAUUAGAUUAAUAAAUGGGAUGCGCUCAGGGGAAAAAAUUAGAACCGAUAUUAAGUUAGAGAAAGAUGUGCUAUCUGAGUGCUGUUAUGGAAGAAAUGAUUCGAUAUUUUGAUUUAAUCAUAAUUUAUAGUAAAACCAAUAAAUUUCUCGCUACACUCACAAUAAUAAUAAUUUUUAUUUUACGGAAAUAAUAUUCUAAUUAAUAGAUAUGUAAAUUGUUUACAUAUCACAUUCAUAAUUAUAGGUACUAUACUGAGCAACAAAUUACAAAUUUUCAACAACACAUUACUUAUUAUAUAAUAGCGUAUAAAUUAUUUAAUUAUUCUUAAAAUUUGAACACGAAAUUCUGUUAAAGUUUUAUUAAAAUAACGGAUAUACUCGUACUUUGCAUGAUAGGUAAACCACUAUGUAAAUAAGAAGCUGGAAAGAUAGAGAGGAAACUUAAUGUAAAUCUGUACACAAAAAUUAAUCAAUUCUAACGAAAAACGAUUCUGAGCAGGGUACGGUUACACAUGUUUUAAAAAGCCGUAAUAUUUACAAUUUGAAAAUAAUAAAUUUCGUUAAUUGUCACGUAUUCCCUACAUUUUUUUCCGGUUUUUCCAAAUUAUUAUAAAAAUCGAUUGGAAAAUCAAAAAAUAACUAUGUACCACCCAAAUCGAAUUUUCUUUCAUGAAGGGUACUACGGUUGGAAAUUGAAACACAAUUUCUGGUAGCAAAGUUGUCAACACAAACAAAUAAUAAUAAUAAACAUCAUUGUAAAACCAAUACAUUCUAGAAUUUUUCGCUUCGCUCAGAAUCUAAAAUUAAAUGUUAUUUAUAAUAAUUAACAAUCACCAUCAGUACCUAUAUUUGAUGGUGAAUAUAAAAAUUCCUACCAUUACACGAUAGGUUAUAAUAUACUUGGGCUCUCCUUCGGUUUUUGGCACUAUAAGUAGUAGUGCGAUUAUAUAAAAUAAUAAAUGCAUUUAUUUAUAAAUGUAAAAUUAAAUUAAAUAUAAAAAUUAAAAUUAAAUAUAAAUUUAUAAAAUAUUUCCCCUUAGAAACAAUAUGUGUACGGUAAAACGAUAAAUACUAUAGGAAGAAUGCUUAAUAUAUAUCCCGUGAUAAAAUGUUCAACAAAUGUGUGGCUCAAACGUUUGUUUUAUAUAUUCCUAAACGAAAAUUGUGAAUAUAGGUGAAACUGUCAGUACGGUACCAAACAAUGGUAAAAAUUAAAAAUACCUGAAAACAAAGAUAUAUUUUCGGUAAAUAUUUUUGAACCACUCUGCUUCAGUUUCAGACUGUAGCUAGAACAGCCAUAUUUAACGAAUUCGUUAGAAUUACAAUUCAAUGGCAUUUGUCGAUUUCCAACAGUAUAGCUAUAGGUAUAGGUAUAAGUACAUAGCUAUAGGUACAAAGAAAAUGAAGCGAUUUCAGAAACUCGCGACACCGUCAACAUUGUAAAUGUAACGUCCCUGAGGAAGAAACAAUUUAUUUUGUUUUCGGUUUUUUCGCGAGAAACUGUUUCAAAAAAUACCAACACCUCAGUCGUCGUUUUGACCGACGCGAACUUCACUAACUUUACACGCGUGCCAACAAGUUGACCUCGGAGCUUUUUUAACAAACACGAUGUGCCGUCCGGUAUCCGACAUACCAGUGCAACGGCUCCCGUCGUAUAUAUCCGCUCUAGACCUUUUUGUUUAAUGGAAGAACAAAAAAAAAAAUAAAUAAAUAAAAAAAGUAAUAAAUCUAUUGACGGAAAGCUCCCGCGGUGUUUGAACGCAAUGAAGGAGAACCCGGCUGUGGCCCGGUGGUACGUUCAUACUGUAUAGUUAUUUACGAUUCCCCGUACGUUUUCGAAUGCACAAACCGAGAGGGAAAAAACAUUAUAUUUCGUGGAUGUUUUACAAAAACAAAAACCCGAACGAAAUGGAAAACUUUCCUAAUAGAAAAGUAAAAGUAUAUAUAUAUAUAUACAUGAUCGAUACGUCUACCUUUAUACUAUAAACAUAAUACGGUUAAAUUAAUUGUGUUAGACAUGAAAAUACAUAAAUAUAAUAUAUUUAAAAAAAAAAAACAGCAAGUGUUCAAAUGAAAUAUAUAAAUAUAAUAUAUAUUACAAAUUUAGUUGUAUUAUAAGGAAAUUUGUAUGGUUAAGUAACCAAGUACAAGUAUACUUGCUUGUUAUUUCAUUAAAUAUGUUAUUUUUAAUGUACAUGUAUAAUAAUUUAAACUAUCGUAUCGUACAUUUUAGAUUUACUAUAUAAUAUUAUACUAUACUUACCAUGCAGUUCGUAUAUUAUUAGAUCCAUAUGUGACAGAAAUAAUAAUAUUCGUAUUAUUUGAGAAUGUUGAGAUACCCAUUUAUAAAAUAUUUAUGAAGUUUUUUUUGUUUAAGUUUUUGCAACUUUAUAAAAUUUGAAUUCAAAAGGGAAAAAAUAUUGUAAAAAGUUUCUUUAUAACAAAGAAUCUUUGACUAUAUAAUAAUAUCCUUUCAUAUGUAAAAAACACAUUAAAAAUAUUGAUUUUCCCGACAGCGAGAUGCGUGCAAAAGGCGUGCAGAUAUUUUACAUAUACGAGUAUACGGUUUUACUGUACAUUAAAGGUCAAUCUAAUUAUGUAUACAUCAAACAUUUUAUAAAAAAAAAAAUCGUAAAGUCCCUAGUGGGAAUCACGGACGUUAUAGAUGCGUCCCCCACUUGAAAAAAAAAGGUACGCGCCUUUAGUGCAUUCGGUAUUGGUUGUCUAUCACAGAAAUCUAGGGUUUUCUCCGAUUCCUCUGCGUCUCGUAAGUAUAAAGUACAUUAUAGGGAUCAAAAUCAACAACAUUAACGAUAUAGUAUGUGCUAUUUGUUUUUACGAACGUGCAAAUGUUAUAAAUUUAGAAAAUGUAUGAAAGUAUUAUAAGAAAAAAAAGAAACUCGAGAAAUGAAAUCCUUAGUCCCAGGGAAAAAAGUCAUUUCUUGCCAUUUUCUUUUGAUAAUUUUUCUUAAGUAUAUGAAAAUUUAAUCCCUUAAUUUAUUGGUCUAAAUAAGAUAAGUUUAGUAUUAAAAUUAAUGCAUGUAGUGUAUUAGUAUAUGUAUUUAUAAUUAUAAUUAUAUGUAUAAUAUUACAUAAUUUACUUGUAUUGAAAACAAUACACAAUUGACUUAAGCAACUCUUUUCUAAAACCAAAGAACUAAUACACAAUACGAUAUAGGUAAUAUAAGCACCAGUAUAAUAUAUAGAUCGAUAUAGUAUAAUAACGACCGGGACGGGUGUUUAAAAGGAGAAUGAAAACGGUGUGAUUUAUAAAACAUAACUCGAUUAAUAAUAUAAACCUUCGUCAGUAUAAUGCGUUUAUAACCUAUUAGACCAACAGUUUUUUUUUUUUUUUACUAUCUAUAUUCUUUACGUGUAUAAAAUACCGUAUAAUAACACGAUAUACCUCACCUAUAUGAUAUAGGUAUAUAAACUAUAGUCGUAAACAUUUUUACUAAAAACCGACAGAACAAUAUAAUUUGUAUGGCAAAUCUCGAAAACUGCAAUAAUCAAGAAUAAUACACAUAUGAACAUUUUAAUAAUUUAAACUAUGUGUGUACCUAUUUAAAUAAGUAUUUUAAUCUUCAAAUGUAAAUAUAAUAUUAUAUUUGAGCUAAGUUACAAAGAAAAACUUGAUUUAUUUAAUAAAACUGGCCUUAUAGAGCCGGCUUUUAAAUUCCCGUUUUUAGAAGAAGGUUUAUUCGUGAUAUUAUUAUUUACUGUUUCCCUUCUCCCGUUAAAAAUUUCGUGAAGCAAGCCCGAAAAUGUCAUCAUAUAUAUUCGAUGUUAUUAUAACCACAGUCAAUCGCAGACCGUAGUAAUAAUCACACCGUGGUAUAACAUAAUGCCUAUCUAUUAAAAUUACAGUAAAUAAUGAUAAAUAAUAACAAAAAUACGGGUUACAGACAAUAUAGCUAUAGUAAAUAUAUAAACACACGCCACAACAACCACCGCCGCCGUCAUUAACGGCAAUAAUAAAUUUCAAAAGCGAAUGAACGUCACGAACUAUAAAUUUAGAGGGAGGAGCGGCACACAAAUCCCAAAAGCUUUUUUAUAUUUUCGAUAAUUUAUCUCUUCUUUUUUUUGGUUAUAAUUCACCUCCUCCCUCCGUGUUUUUCUCGUCGAGCUCAUCGGACCGAGUUAUGACAGUGAACUCCCCAAAGUCCCCAAUAUUACGAUGACAAUGUCCUGCGACAAUAAUUUUAUGGUUAAUUUUUAUUUCUGUUUUUUUAUUAUUGUUAUUAUGAUAUCAUACAUUAUUAAUUGGCAAAUGACUGAUAUUUACAUAACGAUUUUUCAAGUUGCAGGUUAUAUUACACCACGGUCGGUUGUGCGACAAGUGCAGCCGGUACCCUGAUAAUGGCAGAUUUUCAUCAGUGUCCCUUGCUUCCUCUUCUCCACGAAUACACUGACACUCGAAAUUCUGCGGGAUUUCGUCGUCUAAAAAAUUAAAUAGUUUGACCAAUAUCGGGAGAGUCUCAUAAUAAAUAUAGUCCACGAUAGUUGUAUAAACCAUUUUAACCCAAGGACAAAACAAUUGUAUACAUAUUAUACGGAUAAUAUCUCGCGUAAUCAAAAUCGUAACGUUUAAUUAGUAUAAUUAUUUUAAAAUUCAUAUCGUCAACCUCCCAACAUAGGGAGGGGAACAAAUGUUAAUUAAAUCUUGUUACCACCGGUCACAAAUGGUAAUUGAACAAAACGAAAAGCGUGACAAAACAUAGUAAAAAUUUAAAUAUAAAUGCUCAGAACUAGCAAUGAAAAAUCAAAAUAUCGACAAUAAAUUGCAUAAAAGGUUCAUCUAUGAAAAAUUAUUCAAAAAAAUAAACUUGACGCUAUAUUUAAAUAUUUUACUGUACCUUCUUAUCUACCUAAUCUUUUUCUAUUGGUAUUAUUUUAUUUUGAACAAUCACGGACUAACGGGAAACGGCCUCGUGGGUUAUUAUCAUUUUUCAAUAAUGGUUUUUUAUCGUGACCAACCAUAGUUAAAACUAUAUAUCUAAUAAUAUACACAGCAUUGUAUUAUUUUUGUGAAAACAUUUAUUAUUUAUUAAUAUAACAUAAAUUUUUAUAUUUGAUAUUCUAAGUCUUCUAUAUCGGUUUUAUUAUUUAUCGGAUAAUGAUAUUUUAUGUUUCCCAUAUAUAAUAUGGGUCACCAUAAAAAACGUUUUCGUUUUGACAACUUGAGUUUUAGAGGAAAAAAAUAUAGAUACUAACACAAUCUAAGGUAUUGUCUCAUGAUUACAAUGCUGUAAAAAAGUAUAUCUUAAAAUAUCAAGAUAAAUAUAAAAUAUCAUCACUAAAAUAAUUACUAAUUCAAUCGAAAUAAAAGACACAUAAGGGUGUGAUUAUCUUAUUAAAAAUAAAUAAUUAGCAACUUUUUAUUUAGAUAAAAAAAAAAGGCAUUUUGUUUAUUACCUAGCCGAAUCAUAAAAAUAAGUACUGAAGGUAAUACAAGCGUACCAACUAUAGUACACAUCUAAAUAUUAAAACGAUUUUGUGUUUUAAAUAAAUUGGUAAUCAAACAAUUAAACCAUGUUAAUAUAAAGUAAAUAUUUUAUCUCUAAUUUCUAAUAAAUACAAACAAUUCAAUUAUUCAUCUGAAAUAUUACCUGCUCAUUUAUCUAGAAAAUACAUAAUAUAAAAAAUAAAAACAAACGGGACAUACUUAGCACUAUGGAUGAGCCACUGAUGUAGGUGAAUAUUUGGAAAGAUAGAAGGUAAAUUAAAUGUAUAUCCAUGCAAUAAUUAUUCAUUGCUCAUGAAAAACGAUUCUGAGCGAAGUUCGGUAUUACAUGAUUAGAAAUUCCGUAAUAUUUACGAUUUAAGAAUAAUACAUUUCUUAAAUUUCCCUACGUUUUUCCCAUUUAUUAUGAAAAUCCCUGGGAAAAUCAAAUAAAAGAUCCUAAUCAAAUUUUUUAUUUUUUCAAAAAAACUGCUAUACUCGAAAGUUGAAGCAAAAUAUUUCUGCCGAAAAAGUUGUUCAUAGGAAAAAAAAGAAAAACACCAUUGUAAAACUAAUAUAUUCCUCGCUCUGCUUAGAAUCUAAAAUAUUCUUAUACUUACAAAUGCUGCUCGGGAAGUGCCUAAGUAAAAAUAUUUUUGGUCCAAACUUUAAUAAAUAUAAUCGUCCAUCAACGAUAGGUACAAAAGUUUUAUGUAAUAGCCAUUUUUUUUUUUUUAUAAAGUAAUGUAUGUACUUUUCUAUGAUUAUUUUAUUAUCAUGGAAAAUUAUAAAUUUCGAAAAAUUCGUAAUGAAGUUAUAGAAACUAACCUCGGUUCAAAAACGCAAUAUAUAAUAAUGUGUUGUAUAUAGAAAAAAAGAAUAUAUGCUCUAAUCUCCCACGACCCCAUAAUCCCUAUAUAAUAUAUAUAAAGUGAAACUUUUUGAAAUGAAAUUCAAAACAAAAUAAAAACUUCCCAACUAGUUGAAUUAUUAUAUAUAAGUGUAUUUUUCAUUUAUAUUAUAAGUAUAUCGAGGUAUAUAUUGGUUUUAUUAUGAUGUGUACCUAUUUAUAUAUUUUUUUUUCUGUAUAUAUACAACUUUUCUACUAGAAAUGUUAUUCCAAUCGAAAAAUGACAUGACAACCCUUUUGGUAGCAUUUUGGUUUGUAGUUGUGCAUUGAAGAAAUAUUUACUUUUAAUUUUCUAAGCAGAUUUCAUAUAAUUGAGAUAAAACGUGAAAAACCGGGGAAUAUUUAUGGUAUUUACAGUUAUUUUCGUUUUUUUUUUUCUUAAAAAGCGAUUACAAAUUAAGGUAUAUUAAAGACAUAGUUGACCGAAAUACUAAAAAAAGCCUUUAUACAUUCAGAAUCUAAAAAAUUAAACGCGCCGAUUUAUGAUAAAAUAUUAUCGUCAACAAAGAACACCUGAAAUUAGACGUUCAUUAAAAUGUAUGAUGUUACCUAAAAAUAAUAUUUUAACCCAUUUUUUCUCUGAUAAAUUAAUUUUCCAAACUCAUUACACAAUAUUUCGAUGGUUCUAUCAUCAGUAAAUCGGUUAUCUCAAAAUUGAGAUUAUAUGUUUAUAAUAUUUAAUAUUAUAGGUUAUCGAUAUUUUGUGUCCCGUCGUUAAAAGAUAAAAAGUUCAAAAACUACAUCUAUAUUCACCUAUAUUUAUAGAUUUACUAUUAAUGUUCUAAUUGAUUAUUAUUAUUGUGCUCAUGAAGUCUACGAUUAAUGGACAUUUUGAAAACGUUAUAAACAGACAUACUUGAUUUACCAACGGUGUGUAAUCAUACAUUACAUUAUCAUAAUUUGUAUAAACAAAGAAUACUGUUUGUUUGUUUAUUUAUUAUAGAUUCUGAGUGAAGUGAAUAAUACGCUUAUAGUUUUACAAAUAUGUUUAUUUUUUUUAUUAUUUUUUUUUAUCGGUGCUUUUUUACCAAAAGACUUCCUCAGCUUUCUACGUGUAGCACUUUUUCUGAAAUAAAAUCGGCAUGGAAAGAUACUUUAAAGAGGUCAUUUUUUUGAUUUUCUCAAGAGUUUUCCCAUCUGAUGCGAAAAACCGGGAUAAAACAUGGGAAAACCGAGAAAAACUUAAGAAAAACAAAAAAACUCGGUAUAACAAACAAAUAUUAUUAAAGAAAAUACAUAAUGCCUAUUUAAUUAUUUACCAUAAUAUGAUAUAUAUAUAUUAUGUUACAUAUAUAUAUAUAUAUAUUGUUGACAAAGCAUUACUAUCAACUGAACUCUACUCAAAAUCGUUUUUUCGUAAGCAAUGUUUUAGCGUUGCUUACAGAUUUACAUUAAAUUAUCUAUAACAGUGGCUGCACCCAUCCCCAUUAUCCUAGGACGUUUUUUUUUUUUUUUUUUAAAUAUUUUGCAUAAUAAAAUAAAAAGUAAAAACAAAAUUAUUAAAUAGUUAAUAUAUUUAAAUAUUAUAAUUCGUUACUGUUAAUGUUGAAAAUCUGUUAAUGUCAAAUUUCCAUUCGGUAAUUCCGAUUUUGCGUUUAAUCCAAUUUAUAUUAUCAAACAAAAAGGUGAUAAUAUUAUCUGUGUUAUAAUUUGCGUUUUAAAAUAUUAAAAUUUAAAAAUGGUUUGUCUCACAAAUUAUUAAAUCAAAUAUCGACAUGAUAUCAAACCGAUUUACUCAAAUAUUAAAAUUAACAGUAUAAAAUCGAAUUUACUGGACGAAAAUUUGACAUUAUUGUAUACGCGAUUAUGAUUAUACCUACCCUACAAUUUUAGUGUAAUAGCAGACUGAAACACUAUAUUAGGAUAAUAUUUUAGUUGAAAAGUUUUUAUUAAAAUGUUUGAACUAAUUAUGUCCCCCCUUCUCCCAUAGAUAUAAAAGCAGCAUUUUUCGUAACGACAAAACUUUUCGAACAAUUUAUUCACGUUCGUUUAAGUUUUCUCGAGAUUUUUAAAAUGAUUUUUACAUAUUUGUUUUUAUUAUAAUGCGUUUACCGCAUAUUUUUCUCGCGUUUUUUUUUAUUAUUAUUAUUUUGCCGUAAUGAGAAUUUAACGCGUUUGUAUCUAUAUAUUUUUCAUAUUGAAUAAUUUUUGUAAUUUAAUAUUUAUAAAUUUGGCGUAUAUAAUAUACUCUUAUACUUAUGAUCUCUCUUACUUCAUUGUUUUUGAUAACUUUCGAGUUUUCUAUAAAUAUUAUUGUUUAAGUUUCAAAAAGCAAUAAGCGAAAAAUAUGCGUUACUCAAAUGAAAAUAAAUAAAACUACAAUAAUAAUAAUAAUAUAUUAUGGUUCUAUAGUUUUAUGGCGACGUCGGCGUUCAUAAUAAUGACGAGUUUCACCGUGCAAAUAAAACAAAACGGAAACAAUUUAAUAAAUUAAUUCAAAUGAGUUUCGAGUGGUGAAACAGUUUUUUGUUUAUAUUCAACCCGUUCUACAGAGUGAUCGAUAUAACUCAUGCAACACUCUUUACCUCGGGAAGUGUUAGCUUUUUCCAAAACUUUUAGAAAAUUUAAAAAACGAGUCGAAACUACGUCACCACGCAAAUGACGCUCCAUUGUACUUUCCCCUUGAUCACGAAUGCGACAAAUUUAAAAGUGGAAUAUAUUUCCAACCAAAAUGAAAUAUUUCAACAGAAAAUAACUGUAUUUAAAUUAAAACUGAAUUAAUGCAAUUUGUAAUAUACUUAAAUCAUUAUAAUUGAAAAUCGAACGUAGAUAGUGAUUUCAUCUUCGAAAAAGUAAGGGUUAGAUAUAAUAUUUAAUAUAAAAUAACGGUAGUGUAACAUUUUAUAAUUAAAUUAUCUAAAAUAAAAACAAAAAAAAACAAAUUUUGAAAAAUGUUAUUACUUUCAAAAAUAAAAAGUGUUUCACAUUAUGUUAAUCGCUCUGUAUUAUAGCGACAUAAGACGUUAUGAUUUAAUUUAAUCUCAAUUGCUAAAUUCCAGCGAGUGUGUCAGUGCAGGGUCAUUAUAUUUGGCAUUUUGUUGAUGGUUUUUUGUUUUUUUACCAUUUUCCCAUUGUUUCGUUUUGUUUUUUUUUCCAUCCAUUAGAAUAAUCAGUUAAUAGAAAUCAUUAUUAUAACGUGAAUGGUGGUUAAGAGGAAAAUUACAAUAAAAAAAAUUUUUAAAAGCCUUUUUCUUACAAAGUUUAAUACAACGUUCGCUUCAUUUUUAUUGAAGUGUAAAUCAAUAUAACCGCUUCCACCUGUUCUUCCUGCCUUACAGGCAGUGUAAAAAUAGGUCAGAAAACUUCAGAAAAUAGAGAUUAUUCUGGUUUCUAUGGUUUAUUUAAAAUGUUAAUUUUACUAAGAUCGUAUAAAGCUUUACGGUUUUCAAAAUUAUUUCAUAUUAACGAGCGCAAAUAAAAUUGCAAAUAUUUCACAAAUAUUUUGUUCAACGUCAUGACCGUUACGAUAAAUAUUGUAUGGUGUACAACAGUUCGAUAUUUUAGAUUCUGAGCGGAACGAGGAAAUGUACUGGUUUCACUAUGAUGUAUGCGAUUUGUUUUUGUUUCUGUAAACCGAAAAUCUGGCUUCAAUCCGACAAAAGAUGAAAAGAUCUUUUUUGAUGCAUUUUUUGAACUAAUUUGGUUCGAGGAAGUAAUCUUUAGAUUUUCCAAGCGACUUUCAAAAUAAUUUGGAAACCUACGUUUGUUAUUGGUGACACUGCUGACACAUAAUAAAUUCCUGUAUUUCUAUGUAAAUCGACUAAAUUUAUCGAACUUAUCACAAUUGACUGAGUCUCGGUUAGAAUAUAGAAACAUGCCCAUAAAAAUAUUGUUCUGAGUCGGAAUAUAAAAUUUACGGGUGUACAAAUUGUUAAUUGAAUGGUAAAAAUUUCCUAUUGUGGGAAUAAGUACAAAAUUUAUUACAUCGGUCAGAUUUAGGUGCAUGUGUUUUUAAUUUACAACAAACCUAUAUGUUUUAAAUAUUAUAUUUUUUAAAUGACGUAUUAUUUUUUAUCAUAAUUAUUUAAAAACAAAAUAACAAUUGAAAAACAUAAAAAAAUAAGUUACUUCUUUAUCUAAAAGUAAUGUAGGGCAACUGUUUAUUUGCAUUUAUAUUUUCAGAAUGAAUAUAGGAACUAUGUAAACAUCAUCACUCUUCCGAACGCGUUAGUGAUUUUAAUUUAAUUUGUUGACGUUUAAUAAAAAAUGUUUAGAACACUUCGCAAUGGUUUGUCGGAAUAAAUAUUAUUCUAUCGAUUUUUAAAACGUUUCGUGAAUCUGUUUAUGUACAGUCGUCACAAAUAAUAUUAUAAUAAGUACAAUUAUUAUUAUUCAACUGUAGUCGCUUUACAGAAAAAUGUAUGAGCAUUACAUUGUAACGAAUCUAGUGUAUUUUACUCGCGAAAACAAAUACCUAUAAUAAUAUUGAAAUGAUUAUUACUGUUGUACGUUUAUUGUCGUGAAAACGAUAUUUUAACAAAUAGCUCGUGUAUACAUUCUUUUCGGGCCGCGUGUUCAAAUCUCCAAAUACAAUAAACCGAUCGACGACUGUUUAAUACCCCUGCUAUCCCCUUCUCGUUUAUCCUCCCCCCUCCCCACCGUAUAUAUCGAUCCGUUUGUUAAACUACACGGUUUUAUUAUUACGUCACGGAAUAAUGACAAUUUUAUAAAACAAACAGUAAAGUGUUAUAAAAUGUGCUCUAUAGGUUUAUACUAUUAAUAAAAAAAUCGUAUUAAUUUUUUUCUGUUUCCAGGUGACAUUAAAGAUGAACCGUACACCAAUACGUCCGAAAAGAACAGGGACUCUGGAUAUGAAACGAAUUUAUACCUGUAUUCGGUAAGUACCUAUAUUUAAAUAAUGAAAAUAUUAUACUUAUAACAUCGUCGUGGACAAAAGGAUAACUCGUAAGUAUCUCUAGAGAAUUGUUAUUUUUCGGGAGAAGCAAAAAACAAAUUACAAAAUUAAAUCUUGGUAAUAGUUUAUCAAUAGUUUAUUAAAAUAUUUUAUUUUUAUAUUGUUUGAUUACACAAAGUGAUAAAAGGGCUAAAAUUUGCAUACAAUAAAAAAUUAUAUAAUAAUAAUACAAUAAUAAAUAUACCAAAAACAGUGUAUUAUUUAUUAAUUAUUAUUAUUAAACUAACACUUAGAAGACGAAAAAAUUUCUUAAAAUUAUUUCUCUAAACAGUUAAAUAUGUCAAAAAUAUGUGGUAGAAUUCUUAAAAUAUAGAACAUAUUCUUAAAACGCUAUUCAAAUAUUGUAUUUAUAUUUUUAAAUUUUCUAAUUUAAACGAUCUUAUUUGACCUCAAUACGUUUUUAUAUCUACUGAAACUACGUCCAAUAUCACAUGAAGCAAUUUUUGCGUAUUUAAAUUUUGUAAUUUCCCCAGGAGUUAAAUUUUAGUUUGAAGGUAUUAUAUAAUUUCCAUGAGAGGAUAUCUUAAGUUGGAAAUGCAUGACAUAAAUUUAAUGAAAAUGCUGAGUUCUUACCUUUGAAAAAUAUGUAUUUCUUAUUAAAUUACUAAGGUUUUUUGCUGCACUUAAAUGUUGAAUCACUUGAAAGGCCUUAUUCACUUUAACGACCUGGUCACAAAUAAUACAAAAUAGUGUUUUUCCGUCGGUUUUAGAAACUGUACUAGAAGAUUUUUCGUUAGUUUUGCACAAGUGUUUUAUAUUUUUUGGCAUUUUAAACAACAAAACGAAUACGAAUCACAAACAACACGGUAACGUACACUAUAUGUAUACGAAGAUAACUAUGUCAAAACACAAUAACAUAUAAGUUUAUUACUUCAUUAUAGUUGUACGACAUAGGUAAAUUUUGUUAGAUUAAAAUGGUUAAUAAAUAAAAUAAGUAUCUACGUAAAUAAAUACGAUUCAGAUAAGAUAUAAUUUAAACAUCACUGAGUAUUUUUGUGUAGAUAAUUUUUUUUUCGUGUUUUUGGCGUUAAAAUAUGCUAUAAUAUUGUAUUUAAGACAUGCAGAAAUAUGCAUUUUAUAAAAAUAUAUGCGUAAACGUGCAAAAUAAAAACUGUACCAUUUUCAUCAAAAUAAUUACUAUAAAUCUAUUGUAAGUCUAUUGCUAAAAAUGAAAAUUUGGAAGGUCGAUAAUUAAAAACCGCACAUAUUUGAUUGGUGGUGAAAAGCAUUAUAGGUGAAAUUAGAGACCCAAUGUGUACGUUUAAUCAGACAAUUUUAAUCGAAAAUAAUUAUUGAUUUGUUGAGCAAAACCACGUUCGAUAGGACACAAAGUAAAAUAUAAGUGGUUUUGAAUGACGACCUUUUUUAAAAGUGUGCGAUUAUGACGACCGCCAUACACACUAAAACUCCAUUUGGGCGUAUCAAAAAAAAAAAAAAAAACAAAUUGUUCUACUUAAAUCCUAGGCCUAAUCAUAACCCUCAAAUGCGAGGUAGUUUGACAAUAGUAAAUAUUAUUUUGAAUAUACGUGAUGUAUCAAAGUUUAUAUUUUUCUUGGGUUUUGUAAAUAAUUGUGUGUAGUAUUUACACAAAUUGCGUAGAAUAGCUAAUUUUGUAUACUUUCGGAGUUUCGCGAGUAUGUGCCCCCUCUCUUUUUUGUUUCUUGAUUAUUCCGGUGUAUUUUUUAUCAUGCUAAAAAUAGCAGCUUAAAUAAAAAUGAUAGUGCUCGUACUCCCGAAAAAAAAAAUUGGCUACGGUACCCACUGAUGAACACCUGCGAAUAAUGGACAAAGUUUUAUUGAACUCGAGAUCUGAAUGUCUAAAUAGUUUACAUUUACCCGUAUUUGAUUCAAUAAGGAGAUAACUAUGUAAGUGGCGAGGUGAGGUAGGGUUAAUUUCAAAAUAUUUUAUAUAAUAUGUGACACUUCGGAAUUACGGACUUUUUUAUGGAACGGAAACUUUAUAUACCAAACUGAACUUCCUCUUAAUAGCAGCUGAUACUAGUGCUAUAGUCAGAACUACAGAAGGUACUGGGGGCACGUGACCUCCCCCCCCCCCCGAUAUUUUCAGUUAAAUUCGAUAUUUCGGUUUUUAAUAGGUCUAAAAAAUAGUAAGUUAUGAAUGGCAGCGGUGGGUGGUGACAGGGUAUACCUACAUAGAUAAGUUUAAAUUUCGGUUUUUUAUCGGUCUAUUUACUGGUAAGUUAUGAAUGGCAGCGGUGGGUGGUGACAGGGUAUACCUACAUAGAUAAGUUUAAAUUUCACUAUUAUAUCACUAUAUUUACUGGUAUAGUUAAUUAUAAGUUAUUAACUUAACUAUUCAAAAACUACUAAUUGUAAUACUAGUUAUACGUUAUUAGAUAGCUCACUACUAAAUAACUACUUACUGUAUUAUUUCACUACUAAAAAAGAAAAACUACCGAUUACAGUAGUUAACUAUUAUAUACCUAUUAUAAAUAUCUGAUAGUUUUUUUUUUUAUUAAGGGAUCCCAUCCCCCACUGUAUGGCCUGAAUGCAUAAAAUAAUAACCGAUUGAUUUAUCGUUUCUUCUCAAAUUACCUGACUAUAAACUAUUUUAUUUCUAGCGAGGAAUUUAUUAGUUUUACUACCUUGUACGUGUUUUUUCUUUUCGUGGGUAUGUGAACAACAUUUCUACAAAAAUAUAUUUACUCGGAUUUUCAAGUGUAAUAUCUUUCCUAAAAACAAAUGCUAUCUAGUUAGUGUAUUGAACGAGUAUUUUAUUUUUUUUAUUUUCUUCAUAAUUUUCUUAAAAAUUGGUAAAAACGUAGGACACACGGACAAGUUUACUGUAGUAAAGAUUUCAUUAUUUUUGAUUUUAGAUUCUAAAUGUAGGAAGGAAUGUAUAUGAUAUUUGUGUUUUUUUUUUUUUGUGUGUAAACAACUUCUCUACGAGAAUCAAAAAAUAACAAAAUACUCUUUUUAGUACAUUUUGGAUCUAGUCAGUAAUUAAAUAAGUUAUUUUUUAAUUUUUCAGGCAGAAUUUCAUAAUAAUAGUGAAAAACCGGAAAAAGACGUAAAAUAAAACCGUACAAAUUUACGACUUAUACGGUUUCAUUAUUUUAAUGUAUAUGAUAUAUUUUCUCUACAAGAGCAUUGCUUUAAUCUAAAAACGAUAAAAGACCUUUUUUGUUGAUUUUUAGAUCUAUUUGGUUAGUAAAAAAAUCGUGUUUUGGUUUUCCAAUAUUUUUUUAUAAUAAUUGGAAAAAUUACGUAAAAUAAUAACUUACAUUUUUUUUUCAUAAGAGUUAAGAUCAAAUUUUUACAAAAAUAGUAAAAGUGUAUUUCAAAACAUGAGCGUAUUUUGUUAACAACGGUUUUUCGUUGCUUACGAUUAUGAAUCAAAUAACUUAUUUAUAUAGCCUACCUUCUUUUUGUUUUAUUUAAAAACUCUGAUUUUAAAAAGAGUUUUACUAUUCAGGUUUUUUUAGAAGAAAAAAAUAUAUUUACAUUUAAGUAUCCGUUUAUGCCCUUAUACCGGACGCUACAUUAUAAAAUAUCGAAUAAAGUGCAAUAUUCUCCCGCUAUUUCGAAAUACGCGUGUAUUAUAAGAGGUAUUAGCUUAUGCAUUACGGCGUAUAGAGAUGUGAUUGACAAGCAAAUAAUAACGUAAUAUUAUAAUAUCGCAUAUGCUCGUGCCUUAAAGUAUCGCGACGACUAAAUAAACAAAUUUGCAUUUCAAUAGGUUUCGUUAAAAUCAAUAUUAUUUUUAUUAUUAUUAUUAUUAUUAUUAUACCGUAAUAUAGACGUCACAUUUUUGACGUUUUGUAUUUUAAUUAUAAUUAAUGUUUUAAUACCGUGUAUACUUUUAAAAUCAGAACUCACGUAGUUCACUCUCCUCUACUUCUUGCCUUCCAUGAUAAUAAAAAAUAAAGCAAACAUACCCAAGAGAAGUAAAAACGUUUUUAUCCUGUGCGGCUACGUGGUUUUAUAUAAAAAAAAUCACGGGUAUUAUUUUCGAUUGAGACUAAACUAUAAUAUUGAAAUAUUUAAGGUUAUAUAUUAUCAUUGUUUUUUCCUUAUCGGGCGUACCGUGGAGAUCGGACCCUGUCCUUUUAAAUAAUCAUCUAUAAGUGAACAUUUACAAAAAUUCAAAUGUACUCUAUCUUAACUGUGGAAUUUUUAAACUGUGUAUAUAGGGAAUAUUCCAGUUGGCUUCAUACUCAUAAAUUCUAUAACAAUCACAAAAUAUACUUUCAGGUAUUUGGUAAGUUUUUUUUUUUUUUUGUGACAAUCGAUUGCCAAUUAUACAAUUUAUGUGCAGUGUUAUUACAUUUAUAAAUUGUAUUUUUUAAUGUUGUACGCAAUCUAAAACUGCUCCGAACACGGUUUUUUUUCUGUUCUAUUUGCUUAAUUAUACCCAAUUUUCCUUUGAUUUCAUUGAAAUAUUUAAAUACACGAUUCACGAAUGUCCUUUAAAAAUCACAGUAUUAUUAAUAUUAUUUAUUUCUGCCAUGCAAAAUAAAAAUACUCGAAAUAUAUUUUGUUUAAUGAAAACGUAUGUAUGUCGGUACAGUUUUACAGUUUUAAAAUGUUUUUUUUUUUACAUAGAGCGAGCGUAUUGAUUUUACUAUUAUAUGGUUUUUUCUCUGAAUACUUUACCACGGAUAAAAGGAGAAUAAUAUAAAAGUUUCGCACGAAAAAAUAUCUAGAAAUAAGAAAUUAGAUACAGAUGAGAGAUUAGAUAUAUAUUUUUUGCGAAAUUUCUCAAUUGUUUUUUGAAAUUUAUAAAAAAAAACCAAACGGAAAACUAUAUCGGAAAAUAUUUACGCUACGCAACUUUUUUUCUAUCCUGAAGUCUACUAUCAUGUAGUUAUAUUUUAUCAUGAUUAUAAAGAGUGACAUGAAAUAAUUUAUAUUCUGCGUAAAUGAAGGAAUAUAUAGGUUUUACUAUGAUAUGUGCGAUUAUAAGUUCUAAGCGGAGCGAAGGAUAACAUACUGAUUUUACUGUGAUAUAUGUGUUAAUUUUAUUUAUUUUUUUUUUUGUAUAACUGUUACCAACCUUUAACCGGAAAUCUUGAUCCAAUAAAAACAAAAUAAAAAUACUUUUAUAAUUUUCUAAUUAGUUUUCAUAAUUAUUGUGAAAACUGCGAAAAAACAAGAAAGUUUUCGAUAAACAACUGUUUUAUAAAUUUAGUGAUCUGAAAUCAUAGAACACUAAUUAUGAUUUUGUUUAGACUUGGUAAUAUUUUAAAAACAUUCAGGCACAUUUCAAUGUUUGGAUCUAAAGCAAGAUAACAGAAAGGAAAGCGAUUUUGAAAUUUCACACAUUUAUAUGGUAAUAAAUAAUAAUCAAACUAUGAGUAUUUUGGGGGAGAGAACCGAAAAAUGCGAUUUGUAUGAGCUUUUUACAUAAUUUUUAGAGGGGUAACGUCCUCUUGCGCCUCCCCUCUGCACUUCGACCCUUGGCUACAAGUGCCCCUGUUAAAAUCCAUUUACACGUGGAACACUUUGUGUCUUGUAGAACACAUCCAUAAUUCUAUGUUUUCUCGUGUAGCUGAAAAAAUGAAUAAAUUGGUUUAUUAUAAAACGAUCGUCGUUUUUCCACCUAAUAAUAUCUUAAGACGAGUUAAUUAAAAUUUGUCUAUAUUAUACCGAUUGUUUGACUUAUACAAAAAAAAAAUUAAAAACAUUUCGAAAUAUAAUAUAAAUUAAAUAAAAUACUAAUAUUUUACGAGCUUUAUAGUAUUAUAAUAUUUCGAAUAUUUAUUUUUAUUCUUCGACUGAGAAUAUAAAUAACGAGAACGAUUUGUUGUGAAUAAAAAACGUCUAUUGUUGGUAUAAUAAUCUGGGAGCGUGUUCACGGAGACGGAUGUGGCGGGGUGAUGGUUGGAGAGGAACGGCGACUUUCGUAGAAAUUCCGCGAGAAAAUUAUUUUUUGAAAAAAUCAACAAAUUAUAAAUCAUCCAAUGGAUUCCCGACGUUGGAUUUUUAUUAAAUGUUUUAAAUGUAUUAAUUUUCUUGUUUACUGAAAGCGGAGAGAUUUUUUUUCUUUUUCUUUUCUUUUUUCGCGCACUCAUAACCGGACUUCAAACGUUUAAUCUACAACUGUUCCGUUCGAUAUGAUUUUCGUAAACGGUUAGUGACAUUGAAAUUUAACGAAUUUCAAAAACAAUACUCCGUAACUAAAUGUGUAUUUGUUUCUUUUUAAAUAUACCUUAUUCCAUUCGGGAACGGCACCGAAACGCAUCAUUUUUAAACUAACCACAGACGUGUCUCGAGUACACUUACUAAUAUUCACUAAAGCCAAUAAACUGUAUUCCCAAAAAAGGUAUUAAAUAUAAAUGCAGUUAUUUCCUAAAAAUUAUUAAAAUAUUAGAAAAAUAUUUCUUAAAAAAAAAAAAUGUAUUAUAGCAUUGGAAAUUCAAAUAUUUCAUUUUAUUAAGCGUCAUAAUUUUGUUAAUGUUAAUGUUUCUCGGACUGAAAACAAAGUUUCACGUUUUUUUAUAACAGAAAAACGUAUGUUUUAUGAAAAAAAAAAAACCAAUGUCGGCAUGGUAAAUUUAAAACCCUUAACAACUAAUUUGAGUGAAUCAAUUAACGAACAAUAUUUUAUUUAAAAUUUAAGGAAUAGGUACUAAAAUUAUUGAGUCUCAAACGAUUUGUAUUUUUAAAUUAUCAAUUUGUUGAGUUACAUAGAGAUGAGCAUUUUGAUGAAUUUAAACAAAAAUUCGAAAAUAUGCCCAGCAUAAAUUUAAAAAUACGGACAUUCUUCGCACGUGUGUGGGCUAGUGUUGUAGGUGAGAAGUUGAGAAUGUAGAGGUGAAAUUGAAUGUAUAUCUUUACGCAACGAUUAACUAUUGUUAACAAAAAACGCUUUUGGGUAGACUUCAGUUAAUAUUAUUGCUGUGUCAACAAUAUAUACGCCAUUUAAUAGUAAAAUAAUUGCAUAUGCAUUGUAUAUUUUCUUUAAUAAUAUUUGUUUAAUAUUUUACCUAUUUUCCCGUUUUUCCUACGUUUUUCGCCGUUUUUACCAUUUAUUAGGAAAACUCCUGGAAAAAUCAAAAAAUGACCUCCUUAAAGUAUCAUCCCAAUUAGACUCACUUUCAGUAAAAGUGCUAUCAUUGUAAAUGGGAGCAAAAUGAUAGAAGAAAAGUUGUUCACAGAAUAUCAUUGAACAUAAUUGAAAAACCAAUACAUUCCUUGUUCCGCUCAGGAUCUAAAACAUAUGCAACUUGCUGGCUCAUCGUGAAAUACAUUCUAGUAUCUACUAUACAGAGUAAUUUUUUUUAUUAUGAACCAGCAUGAAUUUUCUCGGAAGAUUUUAAGUAAAUUUGAUUUCUGUUAUUUUUAAUCAUUAGACUAGUGAGUAGGAAAGAGUAAUAAAUUACACAUCUAUUUUAAAAAACUAAAUUGAUAAAUCUUUUGUCUUUUGGACAACCAACAUAAAUAUCAAUAAUGGGUAUUAAAAUAUUUAUCCUAAUAUUAUAAUACUCGCUGUUUACAGGACGAAAUGGAGGACCGGCCCAGAGUGGCCACGUUUCUCAACUCUAUCGCAGACUACUCGAAUACCAUACCCAGUGCAGCGGACGCCGAUUCCAAGUCUAUUGCGCCAAAAGCGGCGUCCAGAAUGGGAACGCUGGUCGGCGUAUACUUGCCGUGCGUGCAGAACAUCUUUGGCGUCAUACUUUUCAUCCGGCUGUCGUGGGUUGUCGGCACCGCUGGUAUCAUCUACGGUUUCGGCAUCGUGUUUACCUGUUGUUGUGUGGUAAGUUCAGCCCCGUGCUCAAAAAUAAUAAUAAUAAUAAUAAUAACUUAACCAAAGCCUACUAAAAAUUUACCACUGUUCAAUAGGUUUUUCCAAUUUUUCCGACCAACAAAAAUUGUUUGGUGUCGACUUGAAGAUAAUUUGUUCAGAUUCUUAGCGGUCUUUACACCAUUAAUCUGAGAUUUAAAUAUUCGAUUUUCCCAGUAAUAGUAUUUUAUUAAAAUCAUUUUUUCGCUAAACAAAUAAUAUUGAAAACACUCGGAAAUACGAAAUUUUAAGCAAAAGCGUACCUACAAACGCCGGGUCCGAUAACACGUCGAAGACGGAUUUUAAAAUGUCAAUUUCUAUACUUGAAUAUUAGACUUUUUGCUCCUACACUUUGUUGCGUACGGCAAAAACUUUUCCACCUCGUGGUGAAAAUUGACAUUGUGCCUACGGGUAACGCCCGUUUUUUUUUUUUAUUCACGUUCUUCACACCGUCGUCCGAUUACGGUUUAUUUACGGCUGCGGGUCGGUUCCCGCUGCUUCAACGAUUCCGUUCGUAUAUUAUACCUACUGUGUUUUUCCGUGUUCUGUAAACAAUAAAUAAAACAACAACCGGAGGAUUGCUUUUCGUGUCCUACGUCAAAAGAACAAAAGCAAAAGCGCGAAAGCAAAAGACCGAAAACAAAAUGAGCGAAUUACAAUUAAUAUAAUGGGAAAGCACAAUGAACGAAUUACAAUUAGAGAGAAAACAAAAAGGGGCAAAAUGAUUGCAUAUUACUAAUAUCUGUGAACCAUAAUGAAAACGCGUAUCAUACAGUAGCAAUUAGGUAAGGUUAAAAAUAUAAAAUCAAUCAGAAUUUUUUUUAAAACAAAAUUUCGUUUCUAUUACCUAUUUGUAAGUACCGAGUUACAUAUAAUGCAUCGUGUUACUCCGCGAAUACCUAUCCCAAUAUGGCAAUAAAGUAUUUUAAUUUUGGAUUCUGAACGUUUUGCAUUAAUUCUGUACAAUAAUCUAUGCGAAUAUAGAUCCAGUGGCGUAUUUGAAGGGAUAUCAAUUAAUUUGUUUGUGUAGGUAUUUGCCAUGUACAUUUACUAUACAUAUAUAUAAAAAUUUAAUUUUUUUUAUCACUCGACUAAUUUUUUUUCUUUGCUUUUUUCAUUAACUCUUCCAUGUUUGAUAUCAUUCAAAUUUCAAACAUUUUUCACCAUGUAAAUGUACGUCGCACGACCACUUCGACAUGUUAUCCAGGCAUUGAGUAUCGCACUCAUCAGAACCUUAAACAGUCGUCGGCCGUACCCCUCUACGUCUUGUUUUACCAACGAAUUUUUAUCAGUAUAAUUAUAGUAGACAGCUAAGUAUGCGAUAUUCAAGAAUACUGGCAGAUAGAUCAAUAUUAUCAACACUCUAGUGAUAAUGACAAAAAGUUACAUUUUAUAAUUAAUUUUUGUGUUUCUUGUAUAUGUGUAUUAUUUUUAAAGUUUUAAAUAAAUAUUUGCUUUACUUUACAUAAAAUGAUUCGAUAGAAUGCCAUAUCUUUUUUCUUGCCAAUCCUUCUUGUCUGAUUCGUCAGUUUCAUAUAUGAAAUAUAUCUGCAUAAUAUAUAAAAUACACAAAGAAUGUGAAUCUUUUUUACUACAAGAUAAUGCUCAAUAAUUUGUCUCUCGUGUAUGUAAUACGUGACCAAAGUCUCGCAUAGUCAUCAAGUAGGUACUAAAAAAAAAUACUAAACAACAGAAACAGAUAACUACAUUAUAUCUAAUAUCCAAUGUAUAUACAUAAAAUAUAUUUUACUUACUUGCGUACGUACCCAAAUAAGGUACAAUAUAUUUUACUUCAACUCCUAGGGCACACCAAGGAUUUUUUUCAGAAAGGAGGGGUGCUUGAGAGCUACAGCCCUCUUUGUACUCUUUGAAUGAGUUUUUUUCGCUCCCCCUCUCAUAAACAUAAGUUAGAUACAGUGUACACCACUGUAUAGGUUCCUCAACUGCAGCCUUCAUAAUAUACUUAUCACUUUGUGACUCGUUCGGGGUUAUAAGCACACCGUGUACGAGGAUUAAAAAGAUACUGUAUCUAGCCUUGUGUGCAUUACACCAUAAUGGACUUUACGUACUCGACACGUCGUAGGCGAUUUAAUGUUUUAAUCUAAAGACACCGUGAGACAUAUAUGCAGCUUAAAUAUACUUAUAUGUACUUCGGAGUAUUUUCAAAUAUUAAUAAUUUAUUCCGGUAAUACAUCUCUAUCGUAAUAUAGUUAUCUAUACAAAUAAAUCGAAGUCAGUCUUCAGACAGGCAGACCUCUCAUUGUCUGUCUGUCUGUCUGUCCAGACUAGUCGCGGAAACGAUUGAACCGAUUUCAAUGGGACUUUCAGUUUUCACCAUGAAGUAAAAUAGUUUCCUAGUCAUAAUUUGGGGUACUUUUUAUUUCAAUCAGUUCCUACAAGAAAUGUGGUUGACACUUGAAUUUUUCGUUUAAUAAUUGGACAAUUUUCAUUAUUUUCGUUUAUUUAGGGAUUACCUUAUUUCAAGGCUGAAUAUUAACGAGUUAAUAAUUAAAAAGUUAAUUUCAACUUAUUAACUUAACUUUUUAGUUUUCCAUUUCAAUUAUCUUAACUCAUUUUACCUCUACAUUAAAUUGAAAUAAGCUUACAUUUUUUUAAUUGUUCCCAUACUAGGUUAUUUUUUAAUUUUCAUAUUAUUCAAAAAAAUAUUUUAUUUAUUACCGUUAUCCGUUUAAAAUAUAAUUUCGUAAAUUUGAGAUGAUAUAAAGUGAAAAAUGAUCAAAAAUGAUUAGAAAUAAAAAAUUAUUGAUCAUUAUAAUUAAACCAUAAAUAACCUUGAACCCACGAAUUUUAUUCAUAAUAUCUACUUGGGUAUUACUUGGGUACUACCUAUCUGUUGUUAAAAUUGAAUAGAUAUCUUGAAUAAAAGUUUAUAACUAAUGGAUAGUUUUUUUGUACUUCUUUGUUUAAGUCGUUUAUUUAGUAAAUAAUAAAAUUAUUGAUGUUAAACAAUAUUGACUACUUUUAGAAUUAAAUUUAAAUUUAAGUAACCCUUAAAUCUGAAUUAUGAUUAGAGUUCUAUAAAUGCCAAAACUCUACAGAUUUGAAAAUUGGUAAUAUUUCAUAUUUACAUUUACAAUUGAAUUUUUAAUACCUAAUUAAUGCAUUUUUUUUUUUUUAAAUUAUUGAAUUUUUGUUAAGUUAAUGGUAUAUUUUUACUUGAUUUUUAAUUUAAUCGAACAAAAAAAUAUGUUACUUGAAUUAAAAAUAUCAUUAACUUACUUAGCAUUGUCUUAUUGAUGACGGGGACAAUCGCCCUUCAAAACACGAACAGUUCGUAUUAUAUUAUACUACAAACUAUGCGGACAAAUCGAUUUUGAUAGAAAAAUCCACAAACGGUCGAAUAUCUCAGAGCUUUGACUGUGUAACGACAUCACUGCUGAACAUACCUAUAAUAUUCUUCUCGUUUCUCUCUCUAUCUCUCUCUCUUUCUCUCUCAUCUUUACAGGAACGUGAAUUAUUUAUUACACUAAUGGUGAUGCGGUAGUAAAAGAGCACGGAAAACGGCACGCCUUUAUGGAAACAAUUAAUAAUAUUAAACAUUCGGUCGAGUACACGGCGUGGCGGCGGCAAUAGCGGCGUUUCGUAAAGGAAGGGAAAAAAAUCAAUCCAUUAAAAAAACAUUUUAAACGAAGCGCUAUCAUCGAAACCGUAAAAAUAACGGUGGUUAAAAUGCUCUUUUUCUUUUUCUUGUUUUGUUACAUUUUAAUAACGACUGAUUUUAAUUAUUACGCGGCAAUAGAUCAAUUCCGAAACAUCAGCCGCACGUGAUUGCGUUGAACAAUUCGUUUAAGAACCGCUGUCCAUAUUAUGCGAUAACUCGUAUCACAUCGCCGCUGUCGCACGUACAUAAUAUUAUUAAUAUUAUAAUGUUACGUUUAUGUAGUUUGAUUACCUUAAUGCAACCUAUUAUCCCGUCCGUUAAUCCGCGCGCGACGAGUCGAAUAAACAUAAAAUUUUCCCUGCGUUAUUUUUUUUACGCACGUCCAAUUACUUAAAAAAAAAAAAAAACGGUAACGACUACUGUGAUUUUAACGAUGUCACGUGCAGAAUUUUCUCCUCUCCGGAGAUUGCGUACUCGGACGACAACAACGACGACAACGGUGACAAUACAUUAUAUACGCGUACCUACUGACGAAAAAAAAACAAAAUAAAUAUAUCACCUCUCGCAGUCCCGUAAAAAUAGCAUUUAUCUCCGACCGUAAUUUAGAGGGGAUGGAUGCUCAUUUUUAUUAUUUAACCGAGCUACCCUCCCUCCCACCACCGAAAUUUGUUCUAAACUAAAAAAAAAUAAUCGUGUAAAGUUUCGUAACAUUUGGUCAACCCUAAGACGUGCAUACAGAAGGUUACAGUUGAGAAAAAGGUACAUUUUCGAUUUUUCAAUGAUUGGCAAAAACAUGCCGUAUAGAAUAAUAAUAAUAUAUUAAUUGUUCAAUUAUAUUCCCUAUACAAAUAGUUAAUUAUGUUUUUUUUAUUACAAAACCCAUUCGCCAAAAAAAUAUUAUUUUGAAAUCUUAACCGCUAUGAGACACGCUUUAUUUUUUAUUUUUUUAAAUGUCCCCAUCUAUGUAAUAACGACUAUUCUGUAUUCCGUUCAGAAUGAGAACAUAUUAGGACGGUGGACCAAAACAGGUUCAACACCACGCCAGUCAGCUACGAUAGGUUUACAACUAUGACGAGGUAUGCCCAAUCGGUCGCCGCCUGCGUAAUACGAUACGUUCUUAUUCUGGACGUGUUAUAGGCCGUACAAUCAGUAUAACGACGUCCCCAUCAUCCCGUUGUAUACUUUAAUUUAAAUCGGAUUUUAAAAAAAAAUAAUAAUAAUAUAAUAAUUGUUUCAGACAAUGUUAACUGCCAUCUCGAUGAGCGCAAUCGCCACCAAUGGUGUGGUGCCGGCCGGCGGGCCGUAUUUCCUAAUAUCCAGAUCGUUGGGCCCCGAGUGUGGUGGCGCUGUCGGCAUGCUCUUCUACACCGGCAUUACACUGGCCGCAUCUAUGUACAUCAUAGGAGCCGUCGAAAUUAUUCUCGUGAGUAUCUAUCUACAUAUAUCUAUAUCUUGACAAAUAUUUCAACUAAAUUAACCUGUCUAUAGUGUCUAUGCUAAAUAACAAUGUAACGUUUGCGGUUUUGUAUAUAAAGCCCCGUCCAGGUAUUAUAGGACCAAGCCAAACGAAAGCAUAUGAUGUGAGUUAACGAUUCGAAAACGCCGGUGUAAGUGCGGACAGCACAAAUACCGAAUGCGUUUGUCAUCUACUUUGAACACGAAUCGUCGUUAGUAGUUACACAUUCGGUCCAAACACUAUUAUAGGUAUUUUAUUUCAUACACUUGUGUGUUUUUACGAAUCUGCGCGCGUGAGCGAAGAAUUCCGAUUACGGACUAACAGAGAAUUCUGCCAGAGUUUGGACAAUGUACCGAGACGCAUCCGAAUCGCAUCGGUAAAUGUGAAAACGUUGCAGGCGUUUGAUUGCCUUCGUUUGUCUUGAUCUUACAACCUGGGCGUACACUUAAUAUUACGGAGCGUUUCAGAAUACAGGGACAUUAGCAUAAUUAUAAUAAUAUUUUCAAACGCGUAGAAUUUCGUGUACAAAAUUUAUUGGUAUUUAUUUAUUUCCCUUGUAUUCACCGUUUUUUUUUUUUGAUAAGUCCCAUGUGCCAUGAUCUUUUUUUUUUUUUUUGUUAGAUUCUUACACUUUAUUAUCUAUUUUCUAUUUUCGUUUUAUAAGUUGUAUUUAUCUAAGUAUAUACAAUAUUUUCGGUCGAUUGUAUACAAUAUUAUAGAGUUUAAUACAAUGUAAAACGUGUAAAACGUCAAUAUAAAAAUAUUUUACGGCCACUUGGUUUACACAAACAUCGCGAAUUACUUAUAUACUAUAUAUAUACGUGUUAUACAUUAUGAUAUUAUUUCGACAGACGUACAUGGCGCCGAGCUUAUCGAUUUUCGGUGACUUCUCCAAAGACAGCAGCAUAAUGUACAACAAUUUCCGCGUAUACGGAACAAUAUUGCUGAUAGUCAUGAGUUCGAUCGUAUACGUGGGCGUAAAGUUCGUCAACAAAUUCGCGUCCGUGGCGCUGGCUUGCGUGCUGCUGUCCAUAUUGUCCGUGUACGUGGGCAUUUUUUACAACUUUUACGGCAGCGAUAAACUUAUGUGAGUAUAUUCAUAUUUAUUACUGAUACCUGUAGAGAACCUAUUUAUUAUAUACUAUAAGAGAGUGUAAUGUACGCCGAUUGGUUGAUCCGUUAAUCAGUGUUAUCUAUGUUGUUCAUGAAUACCGUUAUUGUAUAAUUGUAUCCUAUACUGAUAAAUAUCCUACCUAAUAAUAUAUAAUUACAUGCAGAGUUGGGCGGGAUUUAAAUUAACCUUUGAGUUUUAAAAUCUAAAUUCGAAUUUAUGAUUGUUUGAGGAUUUUGGACUUGGACUUUCAAAUUGUGUUGAAAAUCAUUUUAAAAACAAUCAUGUGUAAAUUAUAACACAAUAAAAUCAGCUGAGUAGGCCUGUGCGACAAAUCAAUAGUACGGAUGUUAAAAAAAAAUAAAGCAUCAAUUAAUCUGGUGUAUCAGUAGUAUCGAUACUCAAUUAUAAUAAUAAACACAGAUAUUACAACAACAAUAUAAUUUUUUGUGUCAAUUGCCGUUAUAUAUCACCGUCAUUUCACUGUUAUAUUUAUAAUUUAUAUUUUCUUAAAAUAAUAGUAUCGAUUACUUUAUCGACUAUAGUAUCGGCAAUCGACUUGUGUUAAUAAUAAUAAUAAUAACAUACUAAAUAGAUGUGAUGAAUAUUUGUGUUUAAUAAAUAAAAACUAUAUAUAUUACCUAAUUAAUAACCUGACGGAGUACAUAAUUAUUUUUAUUUUAUCAACUGACAAUUUUUAUUUAUUGUUGACUAUUUCAUAAUCAUAAUACUUUAUUGAAAUUAGAUAAUGAUAUGAAAUAUUGUUAUUAAUUAACACUUGACUCAUGUUAUUAAUUUAUUAUUUUCUAGCUACAUAUUUGAUAUUUAUAAAUUAAAAUCGAUAUAAUUUAUUAAUGACUAUUUCAUAUUGUAUCACUUAAUUUAUAAACUGUAUAAAUUUCGGAGAUUGAAUUUUAGAUUUAGAUUUUUUUUAAAUUCGUUUUUUGGGAGAAUUUACACAUCUCUAAUUCUGUGGUAUAUUAAAUAUACCCAUUAUCGUCAUUAAUAUUUCAAAAUUGUUCGCAAUCAAUUAUUUAAUUUAAUUUUCCAUAAAAAUAAUUAAUUUCAUCUCAAUCGUAUAAUAUUACUCAGGUAAUACGCAUUAUUAUAUAAUACAAUUGUGUAGUAAUUUUGUUUUUAUAGAUUCAAAAUAAAAAUCUAUUUAACAGUGAUAAACUAAAUUGAAUACUUGUUGUAAUUGGUUCUCUGCCAAUUUUUCCAGGCAAUUUACUUAUUUUAGUACGCGUUCCCGCGGUCGUCAAAUAUUAUAAUUGACUAUAUCUUCGGCUACUCAGCAAAACUUUUCAAGUCGAAAUUUUGACAUAUUUGUAAAUUUUUGACUCUGCCACAGUAAUUCACUUCACUUGUUCAAUUUCAUUUAGAUCGACUUACGAAGUUUGCUGAAUACCCGACGAUUUAUUGACCGUUGUAUUAUUACUUUCUACGAGUUUCCACAGGUUUUCCUUUUUAACCUAACCAAUCAAUUUUACAGCUUUUGCUCAUUGGGCAAUCGGCUAUUGAAGGACGUCGGGUUGAACAACUGCACCAAAGACGUAGGUGGCUACUUGCACAACGUGUACUGCGCCAACGGCACCAGACCUUGUGACAGUUACUUUGAGGCGCACAACACUUCUUUGGUUCAAGGCAUUCGGGGCAUCAGCAGCGGUGUUUUCUUCGGUUGGUAGAUUUUAAUGUUGCGAAAUGUAAACGUUUAUUUCUGAUUUCAUGCGUGCGAAAUCAAUCGUUUCAAAGCGACGGACGGAUUAUCGAAAACAAUUUCUAUCCAGAAUAUUAAUAUAAUGUUUACCAAAUUUAAGUUUUAAUAUAAACAAUUAUAUGCCGAUAAUGACAACACAACGAGAGUUUACGAUUAUUCCGAUUUGAAAUCGUGCAAACUUUAUCGGUACCAAUACGAUUCGUUGUGAAAAUUAAAAAAUAAUAAUAAUAAUAUUAAAAACGUUUUAUACUUAUACUUUUACGGGAUCUUGAUAUUAUUCAUAAUUGCUGUAACAGACAGCAAAACACCCGACUUAUUAUAUUACAAUAUUUAUGGGAUACCUAUAUUUUAUUUUCGAUAGAAAAUAUUUUCGGCAACUUUUUGGAAACCGGACAAUACAUAGCCAGGACUCAUAAGCCAGAUGAUAUUCAACCGUUAAACAAAAACACUUACAAUAUGGUAAUGGUGGACAUCACGACUUCAUUCACGAUACUCAUCGGCAUAUUCUUCCCGUCCGUAACCGGUUCGUAACUCAUUGAAAGUAAAACUAUUAAUAUUAUAUAUUAAGCAACGUGGAACAUUUUGUCAUUGUUAUUAUUAUUAUUAUUAUUAUUAUAACCAAUCCCCUUGAUAAUUAUUAUCAAAGGAAUUUAGUAAAGUUUUCCAAAUUUUCUUUAUAUUUUGGAAAAUUUAAAACAAUUUUAAUGAUAAUAAUAUAAGGGUUCGGCCGUUUUAAUGGACGAAUAUGACGAAUAUGACAGAAGAAAAUGUAGGAAUCGCGUUUGACAGAUUCCAAUUUUAAAACCGUAGGUAUUAUGAUUUGUUUAUGUUCUUUACUAGGAUAUGUUGUAAUUACUUUUUAAAUUUAAAUUAUGUUUAUCGUAAGUAAAAGACAAAAGACUUAAAUUGCAUGUUUGAAAUUUUGUUUCCAAUUCCCAACGAACUAAUUAAAUUUCUAUUCCCAACAUUGCCUAGUAAAGAACCUAAACAAUCGCAAUCCGUUUUUAAAAUUGAAUCCGUCAACACUCAAAUUCUAUAGUUGGCUUGGCUUUUAGGUCUAAAUCGACUUUACACCGUUCCCAAUUCCCUUAAGUAUCAUUAUAAUUCUUUGCACAGGAAUAAUGGCCGGUUCCAAUAGAUCUGGAGAUCUCGCGGACGCACAGAAAUCCAUUCCCAUUGGCACAAUAUUGGCCAUUCUGAGUACGUCAUCGGUUUACUUGUCUGCCGUUGUACUAUUCGGAGCAACCGUCGACAAUUUACUACUCAGAGACAAGUACGUGUCCAAUAAUAUAAUUAUUUUAAUCGACACACAUAUAUGACCUAUAUAAAAAAUAGCUUUCUUACAAAAAAACAAAAAAUUACACGAGUCAUUUAAACGUACUUACUUGUACGGUGUAUACUGUUUUCAUUCGGUUUGAAUACAUUUUUUGCGAGCAUUUUACCAUUUUACUCUAUACUUAUAUAUAUUAUACAUACUUUCAAGGAUAUUUGAAGAUCGAUAAAAUAACCGAACGUGUAUACAAUCUAAUUUAUCGCGGUGAAAAGACCGGACAACGCGCGAUAAAUUCAAUGGAAUCUAAUUUUAGUCGAAUGCCCUAAAAGGGACUAGAAUCGUUUUUAUCCCUUUUUUUUCAUUCUCUUUAUGCGUAUACGCUGUUUUUCACAUAGUCAAAGAGGGACAGGAAAAAACAUUUUAUCUUACAUUGUAAAAGAAAAGAUAAUAUUUUCGAAUUUCCUAUAUACAACAUUAGGUAUAUAUGUAUAUAUACUAUAUUAUAUACUAGUAUAUUCCGCGGGUUUUAUUACACCUAUACUUACUUUUAGUAAAACAUAACAACGCAGCGUCUCGCGUUCAUUUUGUAGUUUAUACUCUGUACCUACGCUAUUUUUCCCAUUCAAUAAUGCAUCAACAGACAUAUUAUUACCCUGUCAAAACAUCAACGCGAAUAAUCUACUUUGAAUAAUCGUGUACCUACCUUAUAUAUAAUAUAUAAUACUAAACUAUAUAUAUAAUAUAUUCACUGGCUUCUCGGUGUUAAAUAUUAAUGUCGGCAUACGAAAACGUAUAUACCCAGGCUUAUCAAAACCGUCCAUCAGACGUAGGUAUGGGAACGCGAUUUUCGUAUAUACUCGCAUAUCGUCAACAAUGAAGCCGCAUAAGCGUUAUUUGAAAUAAAAUAAUGGAGUAGCAAGCAACUUGAAUAAUUUUUUUAAUUCAGUUGUGGUCUAAUGAAAUGAGGGAAAAAUUGGCGGAUCGAUAAGUCCUAGUCAAUCAAUUUGUUCAUCAGAAUUACAUAGAAAUAUACGAAGAAAUCAGUUGAAUGAUCUUUUUAAACGUUCAAAUUCAAUAUAGCCAAUAGUAUAACUGUAUAAAUGUUAGUUAUACUAAUUUAUUAUUAGUGUUUUAGAAAACUAUACUUUUUUUUUACAAAUUACUCAUAGGGUCGCAUAGAUAUUAAUUUGCAACGCCUAUAAAAAUGAUGAAAUAGCAGUUUUAUUACUCCUUGCUACCUCGUAAUAACGCCUAUGGAUAAAGGUAUAGUGAAGUUGUUUGACGAAUCGAGUUAAAUGAUAAAAAGCCGAGUAACUUCGCACGUGGGUGGGCCACUGUUGUAGGUGAGAAAUUGGGAAGGUAGUAGAGGGAAAAUUUAAUGUAGGUUUAUCUGUACCAAAUAAUGAACCAUUUCUAAUAAAAAAAAAACGAUUCUGAGCAGAAUUCAGUUGAUAGUGUUGCUUUUUCAACAUAAUAUAUAUGUCAUAUUAUGGUAAAAUAAUUGCAUAGGCAUUAUAUAUUUUCUUUAAUAAUAUUUGUUUAAUAUUGUACCUAUUUUCCCAGUUUCCCCGUGUUUUUCUUGAUUUUUUCUAUUUAUCAGGAAAACUCCCAAAAAGUACUAUCAUUUUAAAUUAGAGGAAAAUUAAUUUCAAUAAUAAAAUCAAAGAAUUAAAUCACUCUCGUUUCAUCGUCAUUUGUUUAUUUUAUUAUGUUUCGUUUUUAAACCGCGAGUACAUUUUCCCCAGGCUCAUAAAACGUUUAGGGUAACGCCAAACGCGUAGCCAUCAUGCAUUUUUGACGUAGCCGAUAUCAUCUUACAUCGAGUUUUAACAAUAAUGCCCGAAAUUUAUAAAUCAUUUUUGUUUUUACCGUGAAAACCAUAUUAUUAUAAAUAAGAAAUGCGCAUUUUUAGUGUCUGCACGUUUGUUUUUAAUAUGGACGCGAUCGAAGGAAGAUUGGUACGCUUCAACUUUUCUGAACACAGUUCUGACAACGCCACCGCUACCGUUACCCCGUUUUAUUAUAAACUAAAUAAAUUGAACACUACUCUUAGUUUUUUUUUCCCCCCCGAUCUACGUAUAGAAACACUCAUAUUUCCGUUAUCUCAAUACUGCAGAUAAUCUUACAUCUUAUUUUUUAAAAAAAUAAAAGUACCUCAUGAAAUUCGAUAAAAUGGCCGUAUAACGAUGUGACUGCACUUUUAUAUUUUAUCAAACACCGAGUGAUCUAAAAGGAAAAAAUACAUAAUAUAAGUCGAGUGAAUCUUACUCAGUGUUGUGUUUUAUUUAAAUGAAUUUAUAGUGAUAAAUUAUCUACAUACAUAUAUGUGUAUAAGUAUAUAUUGUGUAUUUUUUAUCUUAUCUAGAUAAAUAAGAAAAAGUUGUCUGAGCUGUUAUCUAUGAUAAAUAAUUGAAUUAUCUAGAUAAAUGCAUUUAGAUAAAUAUUUUUAAAUCUUUAUUUAUACAUGUAUAUUAGUUAUUAGAAAUAAUAGAUGAAAUAUUUUAUUUAUAUUAAUAUGGUUUAAUAAAUUCAUUAUUAUACUUAUUAAUCAUACAUCAUUUAUGAGAAAACUUUAUACUUUAUAAAUAAAUUUAAUUACUUAAAUACAUUUUAAUAAUUCCAUUUGUAUAACUAAAACUUUACUUUUACUACUUUUAUCAUUUUUUUAUGAUAGGUUAUGAACAAAAUAGAGAUUUUUGUUCAUUAUAAUAAUUUAUAUACUAUCGUUUAUUUUUCGACUAAAAUGUUUUUAUGUUAUCCCGAAGGUUUGGUCAGAGUAUUGGAGGACGUCUGGUAGUAGCCAACAUUGCGUGGCCUAACGAAUGGGUGAUUUUGGUGGGAGCGACAUUGUCCACGUUGGGAGCCGGACUACAGAGUCUUACCGGAGCACCGAGAUUGUUACAAGUAAGUAAUAAAUAGUCAUUCAUCAUUUCAUCAUCUAAUAAAUUGAAUUGAAAAUCUAGUGUAUCAAUAAAAAAAAACAUCAGAGACCAGCAGAGCUCCGUCACUAUAGAGUCGAAUUUCCCCCCCCCCUCUUAUUUUAUAUUAUAUUAUGUACUCUUUAUAAAACAAUAUAAAUAGCCGAAUGCUAUAAUAAUACAAUACUAUACUAAAUUACAACUAAACUACUUCCAAAAAUAUGGUGACAUUUGAGCAUGAAAAUGGUCCCGCACAUACAAAAUGUCAUCCCCUGAUUUCAUUUUAAGUAUCUAAAAAGACACCUUCCUUCCAUAUUAACAUGGUGAAAUUAAUAUUAAAAUUCAAUACAAUAAUUGUAUCAAUUAAAAACCACUCUUAAUUCCUGAAUUUUAACUAAAUUGGUCCCGAAAAAGCCAUUAUAGAAGUGUAUCGAAGUAGCGAGAAAAAGAUUAUAAAAAAAAUACAACGGUCACAACAGACUGCAACAGUCUCUAUUUUCGAAGAAAAUUCGAAAAAUACGUCAUCCGUCCUUUUCCGGGUUCUUACGUUUAUUUAAUUUAUUGUCUUAUUUAUGCCACCAGGCUAUAGCCAAAGACGACAUAAUACCGUUCCUGCAACCGUUCGCUAAGUCGUCGGCGUCUGGUGAACCAACCAGAGCAUUAAUCAUAACCGUGGUCGUGUGUCAGUGCGGUAUACUGAUCGGAAACAUCGACAAUCUCGCUCCGCUGUUGGCCAUGUUCCUCUUGAUGUGUUACGCGUUCGUCAAUUUGGCGUGUGUCCUGCAGACGCUGUUGCGCACGCCCAACUGGAGACCCCGGUUCAAAUACUAUCACUGGCACGUACUUGCAAUAUAUAAUAAUACUUUCAAACCACAACCGCAUCUAACUCACGCGCAAUAAUAUUUCCUACCAAUAUUGUAAUACCUAUAAUAUAAUUCGAUUUUUUUGUAUACGAUUUUCUACAGGACACUGUCGUUCACCGGACUCACGUUGUGCAUCGCCGUCAUGUUUAUGUCGAGUUGGUAUUUCGCGCUUUUGGCCCUGGGCAUGGCAGGAGUAAUUUACAAAUAUAUCGAAUACCGAGGGUGAGUGAUGGAAAAAGUGACGAAUGAAAAAAUAAUAAAUGCCGAUAAUUAAUAUAUUUUUUAAUCGUACAACGACAACGACGGGUGUUUAUUAUUAAUCGACUUCGGACCACUAUAAUAUAAUAACGAAAUAUAUAACGAUAUAUAACGUUAAACCUGCUGGACGCUUUUAUCGUUCCGCAUUUAUUAAUAACAUUUUUUUAUUAUACUUUAAAACACACCAAAUACAAUAAAUUUGAUUUUUUAUUUAUAUAUAUACGGUGCAAAGAACGCGAGUAGAAUUUGACUAAAGUAUGACGAUUUUUAUUGUAGAGCGGAAAAAGAAUGGGGAGAUGGAAUGCGCGGUUUAGCUUUGUCGGCCGCUAGAUACAGUUUACUGCGGCUUGAAGACGCGCCGCCGCACACCAAAAACUGGCGUCCGCAGAUACUCAUGUUAGUCAACUUCAACUCAGACCUGCCAAAGUACCGGAAAAUUUUCUCGUUAGUAUCUCAACUUAAGGCGGGCAAAGGACUUACGGUGAGCGCGACGGUGAUAGAGGGAGAUUAUAUCAAGAAAACAGGUCAUGACGUACAAAUGACCAAGAAAGAACUGGUGAGAUUGAUGGACGAGGAGAAAGUCAAAGGUUUCGCGGACGUUUUGGUCGCAAAAGAUACAUCAGAGGGCUUAAGUCAUUUGUGAGUUAUUUUUUAAUUUUGAACUUAGCUCUUGUUAUUUUUACUAAUCUUCAAAUUUCACGGUAUGUAAUAAGGAUACAAAUCGCCGGGCUCGGAGGAUUGAAACCCAACACCGUAAUUCUAGGAUGGCCGAACAGCUGGAAACAAUCCGAAAACGACCGAUUAUGGCAAGUCUUCUUGCAAACUAUCCGUGUCGUCACUGCUGCGAAGAUGGCGUUGAUUGUACCUAAAGGUAUAAGGUCAUUCCCGGACUCUGCAACCAAGGUAAACAAGAGUUUUUAUUAUAUCUUCAUGAGAUCAUUUAAGAAUGGCCGAUAAUAUUGUUGUAUAACGAACAGUUGUCGGGCACAAUCGAUAUUUGGUGGAUCGUACACGACGGAGGUAUUCUGAUGCUCAUACCGUUCUUGUUGAAACAACACCGGACCUGGAAAAACUGCAAACUGAGAAUAUUUACUGUUGCACAGACCGACGAUAAUUCCAUCCAAAUGAAAAAAGAUCUCAAGACGUUCUUAUACCAACUCCGGAUACCAGCCGAAGUCGAAGUGGUCGAAAUGGUAAGUGUGAAUGAUCAAGUAGUUUAUUGGUUCUCGUAUAUGUUUAAACCUAAAUGUACCUAUAUUACAAAUCAUAAUACUGAUUUACUUGAUUUCCGUUUCAGACAAACAACGACAUUUCAGCUUACACGUACGAAAGGACACUUAUGAUGGAACAACGAAAUCAAAUGUUAAGGGAACUGAGACUCAAUAAGAAAGAAAGCUUUGGAAUGGUAAGUUAAAACGUGCCGUUAUUAUGUCUCAUAUACAACAUGAUUAUUAACUAAUAAUUUAUAUUAUUAUAUUAAACAACGAUUAUUAUUCUUCAUUUUACGACUAUCCUUUUAAACACGGCUUGUGGUUUGUUGUUUCUCUUUUUUUUGGCUUACAAAAGAUGCGUAAUAUCAUAGAUUUCAAUCGAGAAACACCGACUGGAGAAAACACGCCGCUGGUUUGUUUCAGUUUAUUUAAAAUCUAGGAACGCUUUGGACUUAUGGAGUAACUUAGUCGAUGUAUUGAAAAUAUCCGUAGAUUGAUAACGCGUAAUUGUGUAGAUAUAUUAAAAUAAAAGUAAAAGUAUAUUAGUAUUAAUAGAUAGAUAGAGCAAUUAUUUAAUUAAACGCUUUCGUCAUGUAGUCUACUCAUAUAUUUUUGUAUUUUUGUUUUUAAAUGUAUUAUUGCUACUAGUAACUAUUGCCUCCGAGUUUAAAAAUGUAAUGAAUAAAAUUGAGGAAUGUCAAUAUAAUUUAUUUACAAUUGUAUAUUAUUACAGUUAAAAUCUGACAUCUGUCAAAACUAACUUCCACAAAUCCUUUUUGUCAAAUCUGAUUAAAUAAAUCAGUCAAAACUAGUUUUAACUGAAACGUGUGUAAGUACUAUGUAUUUAAACUCGCACUAACUAAUAUGCCCAUGAUCACAGACGUUCUAUAAAUAUCAAUCGAUAAAUUCUACCGACCGACUAUUAAAUCAAUUUAUUUCUUACACAGAGGUGUUCAACGUUCCAAGGGUUCAAUCAAGCGUUCCAGGAAAUAUUAUUUUCCUCUGUGCAUCCACAACAAAAGCAUCGACUGGGUUGAGAUAAGACGCACUUUCAAAAAUGUAUUUGCAACAAAUCGUGCAUAUGAGUAAAAAAAGUAGAUCAUGCAUUCAUGCGUAAUUCUAAAUGUGAUGAUAGUUUACCCUACAGAAACAAAUCACAAUGUUGACAAUCCACUUUAAAACAUCAAGAAAUUUCUAUAUCUAUCUUAAUAUGUACUUAUUUCUGCUUUUACCUAGUUUUAUUAAUUUAAACAAACGAUAUAACAGUUACUUCUGAAAAUCGAUUUUCACUAGAUAACUCUAAUUUUCACCUAUAUAUUUCAGACACAAUUAUUAAUUCUCAAUAAAAAAAAAAUUAAGUUAACUCUAAUUGUAGCUUUAACGUAAAGGGUUUGUGGGACCUGAUUUUGACAGAUUUCAAGAUUUAACUGUAAGAUACUUUAUUUAUAUAUUUGCAUUUUUAAUUUCUAUAAAAAGACCUUCGAGUAACUUAAAACUAACAUAUAUACUGAUAUAAUAUUAAACUAUAAUUUACAAAAUAUUAAUAAAUAAAACACUAAUUUUGUUUUAAAAUUGUGCAAGAGUGUUUAAAGCUUUUUUAGUUGUUUUAAAAAAAAUCGUAUUAGGUUUAAUUUAUUUAAUUUGGUUAUUUAUUUAUUUUUAUUUUUUGACAAUACUAUACACUAUAACGUAUUCUUCGAUGUAGACGAUUGUUUUAAACGAGCAUCCAUACCCUGCGAAACGUGUUCACUUCGACCGUCAAACAUAGUAUACUCAUUUCACUAACGCAACUAUUAUUUCAUUUCAAAUAUAUAGGUACAAUCAAUAAUUGACCAGCACCACAGAAAAGAUCCUUCCGAAGGAAGGUCAGCUACUAAAGUGCGUUUCCAGGAAGAGACCACUGCGGACGACGAAGUGAAAAAAUCAAAACCCGUAAGUCGAAGAUGUGAUAAGUAUAUCUAUAAUAUAAUUCCUAAUGAAUAUAUAAUAUAGCAGGCGAAAAGCGUAACAUUUAUGCUCGUUUAUUAUAGAUGGAAAGUGCAUUCAACGUUGACGAUAAUCGGACGGCUGCUAAUGGAGAGAAACCGAGAGUGCUGAAAGAGACGUCAGACUCGUCUACUUCUACUAUGAAACCGUAAGUAUCAAUAAUAUCUGAACGCUUAUUGGCUUAUUAUCGUACCAUUUGGCCCAGUUCAACUAAUUACAUUCGAUAUUGCAGGGACGAGGAUAAUGUGAGAAGAAUGCAUACAGCUGUGAAACUAAACGAAGUCAUUGUCAGUAAAUCGAGAGACGCUCAAUUGGUUAUAUUCAACUUGCCGGGACCGCCUAAGGACACGAAAUUGGAAAGAGAAUCGAACUGUAUCCUUUUCUUAUAUUUACUACAUAUUUACACCUACCGGCACAAUUGUCGAUUAAUCAGUUUAUUUUCGAAACGCAUUUCGAGUUUUCAUUUUAAAAAAACAUGUUUUACUGGAUAUAUCUUUAACAAAUUACUUUUAUAGACAUGGAAUUUUUAGAAGUAAUGACCGAAGGCCUCGACAAAGUGCUGAUGGUAAGAGGCGGUGGUCGCGAAGUGAUCACAAUUUAUUCAUAAGUUACCUGACGAAGCUCACGUCUCGUCCGUCAGGUACGGUUAUUUUAUACUCAUCGUUUACACUAAUUUUUAUGUUGGCCGGCAACUUUCUCAACACGCCGGACGCUAUCUAUCGAACGGUUUCGUUUUUAUUCGCAUACACGUUUUGUUCGUUUUUAUUAGUAUUAUAUAAUAUUAUUAUUACUACAUUAAACGUAUAAUUAUUAUUAUUAUUGUUGCACAUAUUUAUAAAAAUUGUUCAUUAUUGUAUUUGAUAAAAAAAAAUCAAAAAAAAAAUCACUAUCACCGUUUUCUAAAAUAAUAUUAUCGUUAUGAUUUUUUCGUACUCACCCUCGAUCUCGUGUAGGUGCCCAAAAAAUUUGACAUUAUUUACAAAUUGACGAAACAGUGACAAAACCUUUAAAAAAAUAACAAUAUGCGAUUGUUCACAAAAUACCGAAAACUUCGAACUGUUUUCACGUUUACCCGUCAAAAUCGGCUUUAACUUAACACGGACAUCGGACGAAUCGUCUUCGCCUUGUAAUUUAGCGUAGUAAUAUUGCAGGUCAUUUUUUAAACGGUUGUUUUUUUUUUCUUUAUAGAUAUAGGUAUCUAUCUACCUAUAUAUAUAGGUAUAUAUAGGUAGAUACCUAUAUCUAUAAACAGACACUGUGGUUAAACUUUGCAGUGGAUAAAUAUUUCGAACGACCGGCUGUAUCCACAAUAAUGAUACUAUACUUAAAAUUUCGAAAUCGAGUCUUUCUAAAUACCUACACUUACGGAGCUUUUGAUUUUUUUUCUAAGGAAAAAUGAAGUGGACACACGCCGUGAAUGUACACUAAAAAAAAAAAUGCCCUGUAAUAUUGUAAAUAGUGCGCCGGCAGAUGUACUCGUAUUUCUUUUCAAAUUGCUGUACAUAUUUUUCAUUAGCAAGUCGACCGUAAUGGUUAUGGACAUAUUUUAGAAUAUUUACGAGCAUAACAUUAAUUGUUUUAAUUUUUUUUUUUCUUAUCGGCCGUGCGUAUUUUGCGAGACCUGCCGGCGGCGGCAACAUUCAGUCGAUCGCGUGCGCGAUUUAGGUUCUAAAAUUAUUAUAAUAUUAUUAUGUAAUAUACUUAUAAACCGAAACCGACCGGGCCAUGUCUACUUAAACUAUAGUUCGUCGACCUAACACACAAAAUAAUAUAUCACACACCCAACACUGCGUAUAUUGUAUACAUUGCGUACAAAAUCCUUCAAAAAUUCACUGCCAAUUUCAUUUUAACGCCACCCCCAACCCUUCCGCCGUCCCCGCGACCCACGCGUAUCGCCCCGUGGGCCUAUCUUCUAUCCCCGAAUAGGGUUUUGUUUUUUUUCUUAAUUUUAACGCGUGCGUUAAGAGCAAUGACAAUUAUUGUUACGUUUAUUACCAGUUUUCAGUGUACCUAUAUACGCUAAUAAAAAAAAAAAGAAAAAAAAAAGAGAGAAAAUUAAUAGUAGUAUUAUUCGUCUCGUCACUAGCAUUUUUUUUUUUAAUUUUUUUUUUUUCGGUUUUAGUCCGACUGAAUAACAAAAACAAAUUUUAAAAAUAGUUACCAUUUAUUAACCGGCAUUCCUUAUAUAAAUUGUACUUACACAUAAACGCUUCUAAUAAACAUAAUAUUAUUUUAAUCAGUUGUUGUUCUGACAUUAUAAUAUUAU